AUGAGGGAAAAUAGAUUGAAAUGGUUUGGGAAUGUUAAUAAGAGACAGGAAUCUGAUGCAAUAAGAGUUGUAAUGGAAAUAAACGCAGGGAGAAAUAGAGGGAGAGGAAGACCGAAAAAUAGGCGGUUUGAUGCAAUUAAGAAUGAUAUGAUGUGAAAACUCCCGGUGUCCGCGAGAUGAGGGAUCGAGUCGAGUGGAAAUUUAGUACGAGAGUGGCCGAUGCCAAAUAGUUGGGAUGGAGGCGAUGGAAAAGAAGGAGAAAUAAUAAAUUGUGGUCAAACGAAAAAUGCACGAGCACGGUAUAUCGUAUCUCCCAUUAUAUUCGAAGCCGGUCGUAAGUUGGAAUAUUGAAGCAUAUCGUUCUCAAUGUUUCAACGAUACUAACGAUAAUAAUUGUAAUAUUAAAUUAUAUUAGACAGAACGUCGACGACGACGUAGGUACGCGUGAUCGAAUCCGUGUGUCAUCGUCCACGUCGUUUUUAAUUGGCAAUUUUUUUUUUUUUUUUUUUUUUUUUUUUUCAAAUAACCCUUGGGUCCGCGAAUUGUUCUUAUCCGUAUUAUUAUUAUUAUUAUUUUUUUUUUCUUCCCUCGAUCCGGCCGCCACUAAUGAGCCGCUUCGGAAUAGAAUUUAUAAUUAAUUUCCUAACCUCUGCUGCUGACGAUCUCCGCGCUCGCGCUAUCACUAAUUGGACAGGCCUUCGCCGUCGCCGCCGACACACACACACACACGGUAAUUGGGUGGAAAUAAUUCAACUUUUAUAAUAUAUGUUACUAUAUUUUUAUUUUUUUUUUCCGCGUUCGUAUAUACAACCGCCACAGUACGACGACGACGAUGUCCCGUCGAACGGUUGUUAAAUAAUGGCCUCACGCGGUCGGAGUUAUCGGAUAUCGAAAAAAUACGUAUCCGAUAUUUUACGUUCGUAUAAUAUUAUGGACGUAUAGCGUUUAGUGUGUGUGCGCGUGUAUUGAAUGAAUAUUAAAACUGAUCGCCGACAGUUACCUUUAUAUACCUUUAUACCCGUGUGUAUAGAAUCGACAGUGCCACGUCAAUAUUGUAUCAUUUUGUUACAUUCGAAUUUUAUUACCGUAUUACACCUAAUAUUACGGCAAAUAAUCGUUUAUCUGCGAAUAUAUAUAAUUAGGGCAAGUAUAUAGCGAAAAGAAACACAAAUAAACGAUUCACGACGUUAAUUAAUUUUAGAUUGCAGUUUUCAAGGAAACAUAUUUUUAAGAAGACGUUAUACCUGUAUGUGUUGUCUCAAUUCAACGAACGGGCAACAUAAUAAAAUCUACCUUACGCGCACUGCGUAGAACUCGUUAAUUUCGAUUUCAGAAUAAAGAUACCUAGUGUACAAUUAAAACAGGACAAUAUUCCGGGAAAAAAAAUUAUUCAUUUUUUUUGAAAUAUUACAAUCGUUUAAAAACGAUGAAUUAGUAUUUAUUUCUAAACAAUGUAGUGAUAGUUUUAUUCGGAAUAACAGGAAAAACGCAUUGUUUUACCUUCCGGAAUAUUGUCCACUUCUACAAGCAUAAUAUUUAUUCAAAUAUAUUGCGUAUAUUAAAAUAUAUAGAUAGUUUUCGUGCAGACAAUUAUUAUAAGUAUUGCGAUAAAUUUUGAAAUUAAACGCAAAACUUUUCUUUACUAUGUUUAAAAUUACGUUUUAAUUAUUUAUUGUUUUUAAUCGUGGAGAUUAUUUAUAAUUUUUUUAAUAAGAUCGGGGUAACAUAUAUAUUAUUAUUCUAAUUAAAUUAUUAAUUCCCGGUUUUUCUAUUACAAUACCGUUAUGGCUAUUAAAGAUAAGGCGAACGCUUUUGUUCACUAGAUUCUACUCAUUUUUACUAGAUGUGAUAGUGAUAAAUCGUGUUUACACACGAUAAGUAUUGUUAGUAAGUAUACAGGGUGAUUUUUAAAUUUUUUUUUGUUUGGAAGGAGGGAGAAUUUUGGGUGAUCUGGAUAAAUGUCCCUAUCUCCCUGCUUGAAUUUGGUUCCUAGGUCUGUUAAAUAUAAAACGGCAGUCACGUUCUUUGCGUCGCAUAAGUAAUUCAUUUGAUAGAUGGGUUUGAGUACUUUAAAAUAAAUACGUAUACAAGAUGAUCAAUUUUCCGUAAGACACGGAAAGUAUUAACAUUUUGAAAGAUUUUUUUUUUUUUUACUGUUAAUUUGAAAUAGGUGCAUGCAGUCGGUUUAACAUUUUUGCAUCGCCCCUAUAUUACUAUGGUUCGGUGUUGAAACCGUCGACUACUGACAUUUAAUUUUCAAACGGCAAACUAUAUUCGAAAUGUCAUAAAUUUAUGAAGUUUUUCAAGUUCUAUAUUUUUCCAGAGAAACGUAGCGAGUGCAGAGGAACAUAAUAUACGGAUAUUGUAUGACCGAAACGUCCUGAUUAAAAUGCAUCGAAUAAAUUGAUCAAUAUUGUUGAAGUUUGACCCGUCAAAAAACCUCAUCAUUUCUCGUCAGUCGUGUAUAACGUGUUUACUCUUGCUACAUAUUUUAAUAUAGAUAAAUCAUAAUUAUUAGUUAUACACAGUCGAUUGGUCUGCAUACUAUUCUAAAAUUUGUACAAAGCAAAUUAUGAACACCGUGUACAAUAUAAUUAUAUUAUAUUAUACUUUAUUCGAUCGAUUUUCGUGCUUGACUAAUAUGCAAAAUAUCACAUUUACGUAAUGGAAUUUAAAUUAUAUUGUAACACUUUUAUUUUUUUAACGAAUACAAAUAUUAUAAAAUAGUGUUUGUGUACAUUGUGCGAUAAAUUCGAACUUAUUUUCAAACGUUUUUUAAUGAUUACUGUUUAUUUUAUUAAAUUAUUUUGAAAUCGUAUUCAAUGACUAGAACAGUUUCAUAAAUGAAAAUAAACACAGAAACCAGGAAGUUUAAAUUUAAAUAUUUUAAACUAUAUAACAAAUGGAAUAUGUGAGAAGUUUAACGUUAUUCUGAGUUUUUAUUUUCGGUUUAACUUUUAAACGUUAUAGAAGAUGCUUUAUAUCGCAGUGUAUACGUUUGAAAUUCCGAAGAUUCUUUCACAAGGAUCUUCAACCUGACGGCUCUGAAUAUAGUGAAAAAACGAAAAAUCCCUUUAAAAAUAUGAUACGGUAAAAUCAUGAAAUAAUAUUGUAAUUGCCAAAUAUAAUAAUUUUAGAUUCUGAGUGAAGAGAGAAAUAUAUUGGUUUAACAAUGAUGAUUAUUUAUUUUUUUUUUCUGUGGACAACUUUUCUACCGGCAAUAUCGCUCCGAUUUUUACGGGAAAAUAGGUACAAUAUUAGACAAAUAUUAUCAAAGAAAAUAUAUAAUGCAUAUGCAACUAAUUAUUUUACUAUAAUAUGACAUAUACGAGUACAUAUACAUAUUUUUGACAAAGCAAUACUAUCAACCGCACUCCGCUCAGAAUUUUAUUUUCGUUAACAAUGGUUUUUCGCUGUUUAUAGAUAUACAUCAAAUUACCUAUAAGAGUGACUGCACCUAUUCUCAUUAUCUAAGGACAGCUUUUUUUUUCGUAUUCAAAGGAAAUUUUUAUUCUGUGUAUUUUUUCAGUUUCAAAUUAUUUCAUAUUAUGUUUAUCAAACACCGACGUCGUUAUCUCAUAAGGUUACCGAGAAAAAAACAGAACAAACAAACAAUGAUGGUAAAACAACUUGUUACAGCCUCGUUUCAAGUAUCUAUACCUAACGAUUUUCAAUAAGUGCACAACGAAGACAAACUAUAGGUACCUACUUAUGGUUAUUAUUAUUGUGUUGGAGUAUUGUACUUACACUAUACAUGCAUAGAAUAUUUUUAUAUUGUUGAAAUGUAAUAUUGUAAUUACGUUAGCCGAGCAAAACUGCAAAUUAAAAGUAACAUUAUAUUAUAUUAUAUUCUGAAACGUAUUUUGUUCCGUACAAUUGUUCCGAAAUAUGUAAAAUUGAAAAUAUCAAAUUUUUGGAACAAAAUAUUGUAUUUCCUAUAUAGUAUCCAAGUACAGAUACAAUACUCAUAUAACUGGUUAUUUAAAAUGUACAUUACUAUAAUUAUUGAAAUAAUAAUAUAAUUGCAUGUUGUUAUAAUGAGAGUAAAACAUAUUAUAUUACAUCGUGUAUAAUUUUAGAUAUUCGACUUGGUCUUAUUUUAAUUGAAUGUUCCAAUUUACCGAGUGUAGAUUUUUUUUUCAACGAGAAGGCCAAUGAUGAAAUACAAAUAUAUUAAAAAGCCGAAAUAACAUUACAAUUGAAAUUUUACUAGAAACAGUAAAAACAUAAGUAUUAAACACAGAGAUAUCUUUUUACGAGUAGUAAUUUUUUUAACCAAGUACAACUUAUGAUUAACCUCGUUUUUGAUUGUCAAACAUUUUGGCCGGGCUAAAAAAAUUAUGCUCCUAUAGAUAGAAAAGGUUGGGAAUACAAGACACAUACAGUUAUUUUUGGUUUAUAUCUAUGCACAAAUAAAAUAAUUUCUAACAUAGUACGGUUCUGAUCGGAGUUAUGUUCUACAUAUUCGUAUACGCUUAUAAUCAAACAGAUCGAUUAAGCGGAAAAUGGAUAAAUACUGCUGUUAUGUUAUGCAUUUUGCGCUUGUGCCAAUCGUAAAUGACACUCAUAAUGACAGCAUCCUUUAUAUAUUAUAAGUAUUUAAUAUUGUACGAUACCUAUACGGUAUACUGGUAACGAAAGUUAUUGAAACGUUUAUUUUUCUUUUGUUUCUAAUUAAAGAAAAUUAAUAUCCGAUUAUUUUUAAACCCAGAAAAUAAUCGACUGAAUCGAUUAAUCGAAAUAAUCGAUCAGUCCUCAGUAUGCCUAAUUAAUGAAAACUUGCGUGUACAGUAUGACAAAUUGUACACAUUUCAAACACUGGCAUUUUGCUGGGCGUAUAGUAAUGAUAUGUCAUAUGUCAAUAUACUGGAUGAUCCAUUUAAGUGGGUACACUCAUUAUUUCAGAAAGUUUUUUUUGAUUUGUUUUUUAGAACAUUUAAGAAACAAGCUGUACUACAAUUUUAUAUAAAUGUUAUUUUUGUCACCAUUAUUUUUGAGGGUAAAACCAUAACCUACUUUUGAUUUCCGUUUGGCAACCUAUAUUAAAAAUCCCAUAAUUAAAUAGAGUAUCAGUUAAAAUAAAUGUUAGUGUUGACAUUUUUGAUUGUUGAAGAGAUAGUCCACUUUUAAGUUUAGGUUGAAGGAAACUAGUCGGGUAAUCAUUAGUGUGGCAGUAUAGCGCUCGGCGUGUUAAUGCAUCACUAUUCUCCUCCAACCUAAAAUUAAAAAUGGUUUAUCUCGUCAACGGCUCGACAGACAUCAAAAAUGUCAACACUUAAAUUUAUUUUAAAUUAAUACUCAAUCUAAUUAUGGACUUUUAAAAAUAGGUUGUCAUUUGAAAAUCAAAAGUAGGUAGUUGUUUUACUCACAAAACUAAAGGUGACGAAAAUAACACAAGUAUACAAUUGUAGAACAGAGUUUAUACUUUCCGAUAUAAUGAGCGUGCCCACUUAAAUGAAUCGCCUGGUACUCAAUGCACGCUAUUUUAGGCGUCUAUCGAUAAAACCAUAACGAUGCUAUACGAAUUAUUAGAAACAGUACCAACACGAGCAAUAUUUAUAUAUAGCGUCAAUCGUAUUGCUAAAUCAAAACACUUUGACGGAACAUUAUAUAAAUUCAAUUAUCGUCGUGUAGGCAGCGUGACGUAAUUUUUCUCGAUGCGCGAUCUAUUAACUGUAUAUGUAGUAUUAAUUUAAUAAUUUAUAAUAUGUCAGCGGAUAAAUCGUAGGUGUAAUUUUCAGUGAACGACGUACCUACAGUUAUUUUGAACUGCUAAUUUACUACUCGACCGAUCCUUUUAAGAUCUUUGACACUAUGUUCGUAUAAUCCGCAUACGGCUAUCGAACAAUAAUAAUAUAAUACAAUAUCAUCAGUUUCCUAGAUUUUUCCGUAAGGUAAACGAUACUGGCGUUGUAAUAUUUCCAACACAACAUGCAACACCUACUUGUAAUAUUAAUCACAGAUUUCCGUCCAAUUUCAAUGUACGAGGUGAUUUUGAUCCAGAAAUUAUUACCUACGAAGAUUUCGAGUAAAAUUGUUUUUUGGUAUCUUUUAGUCGUUAUUACUCGAUAUAUUGAAUCGUAUGACCAUGUUAUUUAUAAUAUUUGUAUUACUGGUAACUUAAUAAUCCAUGCACCACAAAUGCAUAUCAACCAGAUUAAAAAUAAAGAAAUUAGUUUUUUAAAUGCAAAAUAUCAGCUCAAUCUGUUCAGGAGCUCAGGGAUGAAUUUAUUAGCGAAAUUGAGCAAAAUGGCUCGUAGAAAUGUAGAUCAUAGAAAAAAUAAAAUAUCAUUGUAAAACCAAUUUAUAUCAAUACAUUCCUCGCUCCACUCUGAAUCUAAAGCAACUUAAAAUCAUCGUAUACAUUCUAUGUAUCUAGUAUAAUAUGUAAACAUAAAAAAUCGUUGGAUAGUGAUAAAUCACCCUGUGUAAUUUGCAUCAUUAUGUUUUAAGUAGCUUACUUGGUCAUCUAUAUGAUCUAUAUGAUGAUAUAUUCUAUUCUAAUAUAUUAACAUAUUGUUACCGUUCGGUAUAAUGUAUACUUUCAUUCAUGAUUGUGUUUAUAUAUUAUAUUAUUUUAUUUAUGUAGUUAAUUAAAAAACGGAAUUUGUAUUAUAGAGGUACGCCUUAUACAAUAGCUGGUAACGAUUCAAUUUAAUUAAAACGAACCUAUAUAUACCUACUUGAAAACCUAGUGGGCAAAAAACAAUACAAGUACGUAUUUCCAUUGUUUAAUCGAAUAAUAAUAACAACAAAAAAAAAAAAAACUUAAAAAAUUACUGAAUACAAAAUAGUUGUUUUUUGCCGAUCUGUUCGGUAAACAUCGCAUCACGAUAUUUUCAAAUACCUAUCGGCUAUGACAUUAAAGUAUCGGGAAAGGCGUCCUCGUGUUAUUAAAUCGCUUUCAAUUCUAUGGGCAGGCGAUAAUAACAUUUUCAAUCAAUUAACCGCAUCGCUGUGCGGAAUCUCGCCGAUAAAUGCUACAUUUCCGAUGGAAACGUUUUCCGUGCGCGACAUUAUUUAAUUGUAGAUUCUUUAGAGUCCUUUUAUUUUUGUUUGUUUUUUUGAUUUCUGAGUUACUUUAGCAACAAGAGGAAAACACGGCUAAUAUUAUUCCGCUCAAAUUCGCCAUCCAAUUAUUUUUCAAUUGAAUAAUUUAGACGUUUUUAUGUUUUUUUUCCCCCCAAUUAGUUGCAAUAUUUUGCGUCAGAUUUAACCAUAUUACAGCGAUCGACGAAAACAAAAUCGGCACUUAUUAUUAUUUUAAAUAUAACAAGCUACACGCGCACAGCAGGCCUUACGAAAAUAUUUUUUACGAUGGUUUUAAACAUAACUUUCUAUUGCAUGUGCUGAAAAUCGAGCGUUCAAAACUACGUUGUGUUUUGGGCAUGCCCGUUGUGCGAUAUAAAUGAUAAAUUGCUACACUAUCCGUUACCGUGACGCCCAAUCAAGAUAAAAAACAGAUAGCAUCACUGGCGAUUAAUAAUAUUUUAUUCAAUAAAGAAAACGAUCGAUAGACCAUAAUAUAAAAAUGAUAAAAAAACGUGUAUAAUGCGUCGCCAUUUAUUAACUGUAUACCCACCUCUAAUAAUAUCACGACGAAUUUGACGGCGGCGGCUGCGUCGAGUUCCCGUAAUAUUUAAAACUCUUUCGAUGUUAUUUAAAUCAAGUACAAGCAAAAAAAAAAAAAAAAAUUACCCGUGAGCAGCAGAGCUCCGUCAUAAUAGAGUCGAAUUUUACCUCAGCUGACUUAUCUCGGUUACAAUAUUUAUUUUAUUUAUUUGAAACAUUUCAUGGUUUCCAGAGUUUUAUUACAUUUUGGUAUAUCUAUAUACAGUAAAACUUCCGUUAACGGUCACCUCUAAAAUACCGUCACUUCUGUGUAACCGGUAAUAUGUUUUGAUCCCGUUAAGUGUUAUGCCUUUAUAAGACACCUCUAAAGGAAGAUCAACUCUAAAUAGCGGUCAUUAUUUCCGAUCCUUUCGGCGACUAUUAUAUGAUAGUUUUACUGCAUAGGGUAUUAUGUAUAGGGAUAUUUUAAGUGAAAUUUGAAAUUUCAGUAUUAAAACGGUUGGGAAAGGCGAUUCAAAAACUGUCACUACUAAUAUCUUUGAUAUACUUAUACUUUAUGCAUGCACACAUACUUUGGACUUCAUUUGGGGGUUCUGUAGGGGUGAGUAACACUAAAAAAAGUUUUCAAUUCGAGUAUUCAACUCUAAUUUACAAGUUCAAGCUGGUCAUUUGGUUCAGUUAAUGUGUUUCAAAGUAGCAGAAAAAAAUAUAAUAUAUAUAAUAUAUAUAUACAUAAGAGUUAUAAAGCAUAAAAUAGUUUUUUCGGGGAAAAUUCAACAGUAAUAAUUAUACCUAUACGUACGUAUUUAUACACAUAUGUGUUAACAAUUAAUGAUUUUUUUUUUAAUUUUAUUUUAUUAACAUUUUUUUUUUUCGUUACCUAUACUGCAUACAACCAUGGUAUAAUUUUUGAUACAAUAAUAUUAUCGUAAUAUGUUAUAAACAACACGGACCAAUGUAGGUUGCAAUUUUCACCGAUAGAAUCCCGCCCAUAGCAUUAUUAUAUUAUACGAUGCAUGUUAGGUAUACCCACUUAAUAAUAUACCGGUCGACGGACGUAGUCAGGGGAAGGGGGACCUGCGCGAACCGCCGACAUCGGUAACUGCCUAUAUCUCGACAAGUCCACGUGCGGAAGCUUUUUGCACACGUUCGGCGGCCCGCGAUUCGAUCGGUCCUUUUUUAUUAAUUUCAUUAUUCGAUACUUCUACAUAGAAUCGCGUUAGUUUUGCGAGAAAAAAAACCAAUACCUAAAACACGCGACCAGUUGACGAAAAUACUUAUAUGUAUACAAUAUGUAGUCAUACUGUCGAUGGGGUGCGUAUCGUACAGUGUUUAGUGAUAUAAUCGUUUCGUUAGAUUUUUAUUUUUUCUAUCGUCGAUUUGUUAUAUUAUAAACAAAUCGACGAUUUCACGGUUUAAUGAAUGUGUGUGUGUGAGUGUGUUUGCGUGUGUAUCGGUCCAGUAACGUGCCGGGAAUAAGUGUAUACGAGUCCGUAAGCCGAACAUCCCGUGAGGUGAGUGCGAUUAUUAUAAUACGAUGACUCCGGGGCGUUCAAGUCCCUAUGUCUAUUUACGACCCUUUCCUUUCUUCUGUAGUCAAUAUUGCUGAAUUACCCAGUAUUUUUAUGGCUCACCCUUAUCCCAGUCAUAAUUAAUUGAUUUUUAAAUAAAAAAUGAAACAAAUAAAACAAUUAGUCGGCAAAAAGCAUAUUUAAUUAAAAGUUAAUAGUUAACAAAAAAAAAAAAUGGAACUAGUCGAGUUAAAAUAAAAACCAAACAUUAAGAAAAAAUGUUUGUCCAAAAACAAAAAUAUCUCAUGUGUUGCAUGUGUUCGAUUAACUAUACUUUUUAUUACUGUCAUAAUAUACAAUUAUUUAAAAAAAAAAGAGUUUAUACUAGGAAUGGGUGCGUAUGUGCACUUAGUAAAUAUGAAGUUUUGAAGGUAGAAUACGUAAAGUUUUUUAAUUGAUAUCUGUAUACAACAAAGAUAAAUCAUUGUAAAUGGAAAACGGUUCAGAGCGAAGUGGGGUUAAACAUGUUUUAAAAUGUUGUUGUUUGUAUAAUAUACGUCAAAAUUUGAACUUUAACGCUUAUAAAAAAACUACUUCAUUACGCGUAGCUUAUUACCAUAAAAAAAAAUUGUAAAUUAACUUAUUAUUAAAUUUUCAAUCAUUUCUGUACGGCUAAACAAUUGUAACCACAUACUAUACAUAUUAAAUAAAAACUAAAAACACUGGAAAAUCUUAAAUCCUUUCAAACCUCAAAAAUCGUUAGAUUUUUUUGAAUUUUUGAAAGAUUUUUUACGUCUAAAAUAGAUUAAUACAAGUAUGCUGUGAAAAUUUUAGCUCGUUACGAUUAUUAUUAACUUGCAUUAACAAAAAAAAAAAAUAUCAACAAAAAUGAAACUAUUAAUGUUGUAAACUUUCUCGGUUUUCCCUGUUAUUAAGAAGACUAUACAGACAAUGAUAAACUGACUUUUUAGUCAGCAGUUUAAUGAAAUUUUCUUUCGGAAAAAAUGCUACUGAUAAAGUUCGGAAAAAGAUUUUCAUUUAAAAAAACCUAAUAAAAAGAAUCGAAAAUAAUGAAACUUUUAUUGUAAAUUGUCCAUUUUUUCUUUACAUUUUUUUGGUCCUUUUUAAUUUUUUUGUUUUCCUCAACUAUAAUGAAACCCAUUUUUAGAAUCAAAAAUGACCAUCUCAGUACACAAAAAGAUUCAAAAAUUUGAUUAAAAGGUCUCUUGUUAUUUUUUAUUUAGAGUAAGAUUCCCUAUAAAAAAAAGUAGCCCAAAAGUCAGGAGUCGGAAACCUGCAAUCCUUAACAUGCAAUCUGUGGCCCUUUGGAAAAUGCAUCAAUAGAAAAACUCUUAUUUCGUUUCUUUUGGUUUUUCUCCGACUACCAUAAAAACUACUUUAAAUAUUAAAAAAUGACUUUCUGUCAAUGAAUAUCUAGUCAUAGAUAUUAAACAAAAAAGCAAAGUCGAUCUUACGUCGUUUUUCAAUUGAAGCAAGAUUUCUGGUAGAAAAAAUAAUUUGUAAAAAAUUAAAAUAAUGAAACCGAAACGCCAAGUUGACGUACAUGAUAUUAAUCAAUUUAAAAAUUUUGGUUUUUCCAAUUAUUAUACUACUUUGGAUAUCGAAAAACGACUUUCUUUGUCUAUAACUAUAAAUUAUAAAGAAUGAAAAAAGAUCAAUUGGCAUUUUUCGAUUAACACAAUGUAGAAAACAAAGAUUUUAAAACAUAAAAUCAAAUAAUUUAAAACAAUGAAAUCGAUCAAGCCAUAGCGCCGCAAAUAUUGGCGGGUUUUCCAAUCAUUUUUUUGAACUAUCGGACUUAUACUUUUACUCAUAUUUAUAGGGCUUAUAUAUUCAGUGUUAAGUUUACUUACCCUUAUUCACUUUCUUUCAAAUUCUAUUUCAAAGCUAUACCUCCAAGUCUAUAAAAAUUAUACAAGAUUAAAUAUUACAGAAAAAAAUCUAUACAGAUGGCUAAUUUAUAAAAGAAAAUCUUUUAAAGUUUCACUAGAGUUUUAGUUUUCUGAAAAUGUGUAACCUAACCUAGUUAUUCAAAUUAAUUUACAUUUUAAAAUUUACUUACACUUAGCUAGGUUAAUUUUUUUUAUUAAGAUAACUUUAACGCCCGUAAAACUGAACGUUAAUUUUCCGGUUAAAUGUUGAUAUCAUUUCCGUGCUUUACGAGAGGAAAAAUGGGCGAUACAGUAGCUUCCAGUGCUCCGGUUACGGCAUCGAGAACACGUAACGAAACACCUCGUAAUACAUAAUCGUAUGUGUUCUGUAAAGUUUAAAAAAUAAAACUAUAAAUGAAAAACAUAACAAUGCUAUCAUCGUAUUAUUUACACUAUUACUUAUUAUUACGAUAGGAUGGAAUUCCGCGUUCGGACAACAAACCCAUUUAAAACGUUCUUACUGUACCUGUGCGCGUGCGAGUGUACCUAUACAUAAUAUUUACACCGGUGUCGUACAAAUUAUAUAUAGCCGCACGUUGAACCGUGUGCGUGUGUAAAUAUUAUUAUCGUGUUAUAGUCGUUGGCAGACCCGCUUGAAUGGAUCGAAACACAUUUUACCCGGAGACUUAACCGUGGAAAAAAAAAAUUAAACCGUAUACGUGAUACACGCGUGUGUGGCCCUUCCCAGUGUAACUUAUAUGUACUACAAUGUUACUGCACAGUUUGUUAUCCUACCGUAAACGAAUAUUGUUGUUAAAGUGCCUAUACAGAUAAUUCGUUAAUAUCUGUCUGUGUGUGUGUGAUCUUCUGGUUAAGUUUAUGGCAAAAAAACCAAUUAUACUUGUUAUAAAGAAAAGUAUUUACUGUACAUUGACCAAUGAUUUUUUAAAACAAAAUAUUCUCCUCUGUUAAUAAGUUACAAACGGUUAAAAUUAGAUUAAAUUAAAAUACGCAUUUUCCCAUAUGAAAAUAUUAAUAAGUCACUUGACCGAGGUGUAGUAAACACUGUUUUUGAUGUGAUGCAAUAAUAAGUCGCUUUAUCCUAAACUUAACCAAAGAGUCGUAAUCGUUUGAGUGUGAUGUGUAUUUGUUACUAUAUUAUAUGCGAGCCAGUCAGAGAAAACAAUUUAUGUGUAGAUACGCCGUUUAACUAUCGCCGAGCUCGGGACAGUACCUAUAAAUAAAGGGCAUUUUAAUUUGUUUUAUCCUACAAUUAUUCUGUACCCUCACGUUUGUUACGAAACGUUUACUUAUAAUAAUAACUGUGUAGGUAUGUAAAUUUUAUGGCACGAUUUCCGCUGUUUGUUUGUAGAAAAUGUAUGCAUUUUUUAUGCACUGACUAAAUAUGUAUAGACAUUAUGCAGGACACUCGCGUGCACAAUUUUUACACGGGAGAGGAGGUUAUACAUUUCAAAAUUCCAAUUACUGUUAGGUAUCCCAAUAAUAUUCUGAACGCGAAAAUUUGUUUGGAUGUACGUGGAUACAUGUUUAUUAUCACUUCCCGCCCAAACUUCUGUACGGAUUGAGUUCUGCAUAAAUUAUAUAGUUGUAGACCAUAAAUAGUGUCAUAUAGGAAGACAAAUUUUUUCUCGUAUUCAAGCUCUAAAACGGGAGGUAAUAAGGAUUAUUGUUAUUUUCGGGUUGCCUUGGAGAUACGGAUAAAAAAGAAAAAACAAACGAGAGAUAACAAACGAAAUAAAAAAAAUAACUAAUGAGGUAAUCAGUAAAGGGUCGUAAUAGUCGUUGCGAGGCUACGCACAACGAAUAGUAGUUAUAGGUACCAUAGAAACUGGUUACAUACACUUUGUUGUUGGAUUGUUAGUAAUUAGAUCGAAACUUCAUUUAAACAUAUAGAACUAAAGCGCCAAAACGGGGAAACACGUUUUUAUUUUUUAUUUUAUUUUUUUUACAUAUUUUUUCGUUCAAUAAUGACACGGACAAAGCCGCGUGAGACAACUACACUAUACAAUAACUUAGAACCGCAAUGUAAAAUAAUGCACACAAUACAAUUCACAAGCACGAGCCAUAGGUCUAUUAACAACCACCACUUUUAUGCACUUACUACAUAUAUUUUUUAAAGUAUUUUCUUGAUUUAAAUACAACAGAUUUAUAUGGUCUGUUAUAUUACGAGUAUGUCGUGUUCAUUUCAAUCCACCUAUGGAAAAACUUCCGGUUUCAUAGUUUUAACUAAUUUGGUCCGGGGGGAGUCGCUAAAUGUAUUCAAUUUUAGCGUUUUAUUAGUAUAACAAUGUGCGAAAAUCGCACAAUGCCGAUAAGUAAGACUAAUAAUAAUACAUUUCUCUCGUUUCGGUUACAAUCUAAAAAUACUGUACCUACGCUAUGCCCGGUCUCUUAGGUUAAAAACUCCACUCUGUAAAUAAUAUCACGCGGCCGUAUACCUAUAUAAAGAGUUUAAAAACAAACUAUUAUUUUUUUUAUAACAUUAUAGAAAUUGCUCGACACAUUCAUAAUAUAAUAUACGAGUACCAGGUACCUUAUAUAUUGUAAAAAAAAAAAAAAAAAAACCAGUAUAUACUGUAAUAAGCACACGCGUCGAGCCUACGUAAUAGAAAGUUAAUAAUUUAUUUUAUUUGUUUUUUUCUCGUUUCAAAUAACAGUAUAGUUCAUUGCGCAUUAUUGUAUUUCAGCGAGUUGGUAUAUAUAUAUAUACGAUUUAGAUGAAACCGUAGGUAUACAAUAUAAUAUAAAUAUGCAAAUUUUCGACACAGCGUCUCGCUCGCACACGAUCUGUGUUGCCGAUCUGUAGUAGGCUUCUAUCACCUGUACACUCACACACGCACACAUAUAUACACACAUUUGACCGAGACAAGAAGUCGACAUUACAAGAGAAACACGCGAAGGCAAGGGAGGGCGACGGCGGAGAGGAGAUCGCGCCGUGGGAAUACGUGACCGGGGAAAGUGCAGUGAAGUAUUUGGAUUUUUUUACAUUAUUUUAAAUUUUUUUUCUUGCUUAUUCUUGGUGUUCUUUGUGCGUAUUAUAUUACGCACGCGGACACCGCCGACAACCGGGAAGAAACGGAUGAUAAACAUCGUAUACCCACUGCUGCAACAAUAUUGCCGGAUAGGGGAAAUUCAGAGUCGGCAACCGGUUCAGACACGACGACGACGAAGACUGGAAACGAGUGUCGCGCGGUCAACAACGUCAAUAACGUUUCCCUCGUCAUAUUCGGUCGGGUCACCGCAAACAGAAUCGUACGCAUUAAAUAUAUGUCCAAACGUGCGAAUAUCCAUAAACGUAAUAUUUUUCUUUAAGAAACCGUCGGUGGCGUCGAUUGUAUUUUAUAUACUUAUUAUAAUAUGACUAUCAAGAGACCGUUACGAUUUUCAUAACGUCCCAAUCGGUUUUGGCAUACUGCUCUCUUAUAUAUUCGCGGUUUCAGAUUCCGAGCGAAACGAAGAAUUGAUUGAUUUUACAAUAUGGGUUUUUUUUUUUUUUAAUCUGUUAACAAAUUUUUUACAUGAAAUCUUGUUCCAAUCGAUUCUAUAGCAACUUUCGUGUACCGUCUUUUAUCUAGUUAGUGCGUCGAGGAGGUCAUUUUUCUAUUUUUCUUGUAGUUUUCUUAAUAAACGGGAAAACUAGCAAUUUUUCGUAUACGUUUUGUUAAUUUUUGGGUUACUUUGGUAACAGGGGAAAAUACCUCAUACUCUUCUCAGAGUUGUUGCGCACAGAUAAAAAUUAAAUUACCCUAUACAUCAUCUCUUCAGACUUCAUCCUAAAACAAUGGAACAUCUAAUAAACAAUAGUACAAUAUUAUCGGCCUUGCCAUGUGCACAAAUUGUGAAUUUAACAUUAUAUAAUUAUUCAAUGAAUGAUUUCGUGGACUAAUUUGCAAUUUGUAUACAUCAUUAAUUUGUUAAGUCAUCGCAAAAAAAUCGGUGAAAUGUUGAAAAUUAAACUUUCAAUUGGUUUUGAAUCGGCUAAAAACGUUCACUCUUAAAUCGCCGGAAAUUUAUGAAUAUAACUUUUUAAAGAUUCCUGGUUAAAAAGUCAAAUUCUUUAAAUGUCUAUAAUAUAUCUACAACAUCAAGGUACACAAAUAAUAAAUGUCUACAAAAUAUAAGAUCAAAAAUUGAGUCAAUUUUGACAUUAAAUGUCAAAACUAUUAUCGUCUUCUUCUUUAGGUUGUCGUCCAUAAGGAAAUAUCCCGUCACACACAUACACACACACACACACACACACACACACACACCCAAUCUUCCAAUUCUCCCUGUCAGUUGCUCCAAAUCAUUUCCAAUUUAACUCUAUAUUUAUAUAUUCUAUGUCUUUUCUCGGCACAUAAUAUUUUCCCAUAUUAAACAGGACCUCUACAUGUUAAUCAUACCUUUCGUAAAAGUGGAUUCUGACUUCGCUAAACGUGCGCAACCUAUUUAAUCUCUAUAGAACAAACAAUUUUCCGCAAAAAAAAAAAAAAAAUGGUUGCCUUGCCUUUAAACCAGCAUAAUAAUAAUAUCAAAGCAAAACAUAAGGCAUUCGAAUGGUUCAAUUAUUUUAGUUUUUUAAUUUCGACUCUUAAUUAUUAAUUUUAUAGCGUGACAUACGACCGAGUUGUCUACUUGUUUUCGGCGGCUGGACUGUGUAUAUUUAUUUAGUAAACCUUGUAUAUUUUGUCAUUAUUAUAAUAAUAUAUUCAAGUAUUACGUAAUAUUGUUGUGAUUUUAAUGUGUUACGAAGUAUCGCACAAAAACUUAACAGUAAGUACUAAGUGGGUAUUACAUACUGUUUUCUUGCGCAUUAAACGAUACGAUUAUACGAUUAUACAUUGGCAACACAAUUACACGAAAUCUCCUGGUAUACAAUAUUAUUUGACUUCCUCUCAAAUACAUAUACUUUUGUGUCUAUUCUUUAUAGAUAAGUGUUUAUUUAAAGUUUUAUUUUUUUUUUAAACGACUUUGAUUCUAAUUUCUAAUCUACAAUUCGUGAGUUCGUAAUAAUAGAACAUAAUAUUUACACGUAUAUUAUGUAAGCAUUUUUUAUUUACAAUUGCCGUACUUUUUUCUUUCUUAAACCGAAUAAUACAAAUAAUUAAUUUACAAAAUAAUAUAAGAGUAUUAAGUGAAUGAUACGAAAUAAUUUUAAAAUAAAAUCGUCUAAUAGUAUAGGGCCCGAAUUUAAAAACAACCGAAAAAUGCCUGAAAUAAUACUCUUAAAAAUGCCUUAAAAAAGGGAAAAAAUAUAGAAAAAUAUAAAUCGUCAAAUCACGUAAAAAAACACGCUUUCGCAAUAAUCGCAUUAAACUUUCAUAUUGUUCAAUUUUACAAUUCAAACGUCAAACGCAACCAACGGCGACCGUUGCCUUUUCGGAAUGCAGAAAAAACAAAUGCAUUUUGACUCCGGUUGUAGAAAAUAAUAAUUUUGCAGACCCAUUCGCUUUCGUCUAGCUAUUCGAUAUUAAUUUUGUUAUAUAUUGCAGUGUUAACAGCAGUGGUGUGAUUCCCAAGCUUUCGUAUGCUAUGUACCUCUUGUAAAUUUUCAAAAUUUCAACCCACCUCCUUAAAUUAGAUUAGAUUAGACGAUUUUUUUUUUUUUUUUUAGUGAGCCAUACAAAUAUAUUUUACAAAACAACUAAAAUUUCAAUUUUACUGAUUGUAAAAUGGCGUAACCGUAAAGUUUAAAAAUUCCCCCCUAGGAGCAAUUUCCCCCUGGUUGAAAACCACUGAUCUACAGUUCUACGCAAUUCAAUAAUUGAUUUGUUUCUUUUUUUAAUUCGCGAAAAAUCAAAAGCAAAAUCUAUUGUACAGCAAAAUGUCAUCAAUAUUUUUUUUCUUUAGUACUUUUACAAGUUUAUACGUACUUUCAUCAUUGCAUAAUAUUUAAUAAUUCGUAAUAUUAUUGUCGUUUAAACCUCGUUAAUAUGCAGUUAUUUUCAAUAUGUAUUUGUUAAACGACCGAACGAAAACCCGAUUUUUUGUAUCAAAAACUGUAUUAUACUAUUAGGUGAAUUAUUCCAAUACGUAAUUAUAAUUGCACGAUGGAGCGAAUGGAAGGGGCAGAUGAAACGAGUACCUGUAUCAUUAUUUGAAUACACAAGUCGUUUUUUUUUUUUUUUUUUAAUUACAUUAUAUUCAGGUGAGGUAAAUAUCAUAAUAAAAUUGAACCGUCCGUUAUCGGAAUCUUCAAUUUAAAUACAUUUUAAUAAUAUCACAGACUGCAACAUUCGGCAAGUACGGACUUCCACUUUUUUUUUUUUAUAAAUAAAAUUUGAUACGAUAAUUAUACGGUACACCUACCUUGGCGUAUUACUCGUAUAAUAUAUUAUUAUACGCGUAAUGACGUUUUGUGAUUAAAUUACCGGUCGCGCAAUAAUAUCGUACGGAAAUAUACGUUUUUAAACGCGUAUUUGAUUUCACUGCACCGUUCAUUACACUAUACCUAUUAUUAUUAUUAUUAUUAUUAUCAUACAUUUUAGAACGUACGCACGUGUAACGCGAUGCAGCGUUGCAAAUUGCAUAUUAUAUAGGUAUACUGCGUAUAUUAUAACAAUAUACCGGCGCACCAUAUCAAAAAUAUUACAAUAUGCAAAUAAUAUUCAAUUGUACUUUAAUCGGUCAUGUCAUUAAAAAUAAUAGUAUUUGUGGAUGGGCCGCCUGUUUCCACGCUUCAUAAACGGUUACACCGCGAGAUCCAAAAGGGGCGGGCCUAUAGGGAAUACGGCUAUUUUGGUGUAGCGGAGGUAACGAUGGCUUUUUUAUAUCGUUGGUUUUAUUAAAAACGAGUAGGCCUGUAUUGACGACCGCAAUAAAUCUAUUAUACACUGACGGCCUAACCGUAUGUCUUUAAUAUGUACACAGGGCCAAGUGCCGGCACAAACGCUCGUAUAACAACCGAUAACCUCAAAUCGUCAUUAUAAUGCAGGAUGAUUCACUAAGCGUGCUCACCAAAUUUGUUCGGUUAAAUGCAAAUUAAAAUAUUCAUCCUUCGCUUUGAUAUAAUAUUAUUGUACCAUAUUAUUACAUCUCCAAUACUUAAUUACUACUGAAUGCCAACCGUAUGAAUUUCUUUACAAUAAUUAUAAUCAUAAGACACCUACGAUCAAACGUGUUUGUUUUGUUAUCUUAAAAAUUUAACACAAUUUUCUCUUAGAAGUAAAUUGCUGAUGGAUUUUUGUUAAACUACUAGCGCUCCCCGGUAUGGAAUUUUUAACAUAAUUAAAUUGAAACAAUUUGUGUUGUGUAUUUUUGUAAAACUCUUUACAAAAUAUCAGCAAGUAUAUAAUAGCGAAUAAUAUUUUACGGUAUCGUUAUUUUAGGGCAAAUAAUUUUACGAAUUUCUAUCUCUCUCUUUCUCUCUCUUUUGGUUAUAAUCCUAAGAUUGGUUUGCAGCUAAUUUCCAUUUUUCUCUCCUAUCCGGUUUCCUUUUCAUUUGCACAUAUGAAUCACAUUCUUGGUCCCUUAAGAAGACCAAGACUUCUUGGUUUUUUACUGUUAAAAGCUAUUUUGACUUGGCAAAUAAGUUUUACUAUUUCGCGCUUAAUACGUUCAUCCUUUCUUAUUGUACUUCCUAGAUACACAUAUUCAUCAACUUGAUCUAUCAUUUGAUAUUGAAAUUUAACUGUUACAUUUUACAUACUAACAAUCUCUGUUAUGUUCUAUUUUGUUUAUUUAGUGAAAAAUAAUCACAGAAACAAGAAAUUUUGCUGAUAUAAGUAAAGUCAUUGGUAUAUAGAUAGAGGUUAUACAGCUCUUACAGGGCACGGUCAAAUUUUCAAAUCAUUAUGGCAAUUUUCCAGUCAUAGUCAUUUGAAAUUGUCAUGUUGUUUUGGAUUAUUUUUGGUAUUAUAUAAUUCAAAUUGUUUUAUUAAAUUGCGAUAAAUUAAUGUCAAAAAAAGUUCAACAUAAUGCAGUAUUUUUUUUUUUUUGUAAGAGCUUUAAGUUUAGUGCAAAAUAUGUACUGUCCCAUAUGUGACAGAUACUGAUUGGGGUUGUCCAAAUGGGGGACGGAUUUCAUAAAAAAAAUUUACAUAUUAUAUAAACAAUUGUAGAAUAUAAGAAUCACGUAAAUAACACGGCCUAAGGGAGUUAGACGAUCACCCUGCCCCCCUUGUAUCCGCUACUGUGUCCCGUGCAUUCUACUUGAAAUAAAUAAUGGAGGUGCACUUAAAUUUCUGAAAAAUUAGGUGGUCCCCCCCUAAUUCGAGAAUUGCCUAUAAGUAUUAAUAGAAUUAUUUUCAUAGGAAACUACGUUGAAAAUUUAGCGUAACAGUGUGAAAUAUUUUCAAAAAUAAUUAGGUACCGAAUUUAUCCAUUCGGAGGUACCGAAUUUAUCCAUUCGGUAGUUUUGCAGCUGUAAGUAACAAACAUCCAUCAGCAAUAUAAUAUCCAUCCAAAUAAACUUUCAAAUUUAUAAUAUGAUUUUAAACUGGCAAUAUCGUUGAUCAGCUUAUCGAAUAAAACACAAUUAUGAAUGCAAUCAAAUGAUUGUUUGAUUGAAAUGUUUCAUGCGAUAUUUUCGCGUAGUUUUGUAAAAUGUUAAUUUUCUGCACUUAUAGGGAUCUUUCAAAUGACAUCUGAUGGGGGGGGGCUGUCCGUGUGUAUAAAUAAUAAAUUAUUUAUAUAUAUCAUUAUAAAUCCAAUUUUUCGUGACUAAAAAUAAUAAAAUGAUGAAAAAAAAGGGAUCCCACGGCAAAACUAUACACUAAUAACUUCCCGUUUCCCGUCAAAACUUCAACAAUGUAGCAUAUAAUAUCAUUUAAUAUAGCGAAAAUGCUCAGUAUAAUUAAUUAAUAAUUAUAGCAGAAACGUCUCUAAUAAUUAUAGCGAGUUUUAUGGGUUAACUUAUAAAUCGCUGAAACAAAAGAAACAUAAUAUUUCACGAGCGAAUAUUAUAAACGUGCCAAAUAUGUACAUGAUGAUAAUGCGCAUUUUGAUAUUUAAUUUGUAGAUAUGCGAUGAUACAAGUACAAGUAAUUCGAAAUUAAAUUCCCAAUUAAAUAAUAUAGUUAGUGAAAUCAAAAUGCCAAAACUUUUUCGUUAAACAUAAUACGUAUAGUUUUAAUCGGAAUAUAAAUCUUUCAUCUAGAUAUUAUACAUAAACAAAUUUUAUACAUUUGCACGUUACUUUAAAUGUUGAAAUUAAUUUUUAUUUAUAAUAUGUUUAAAGUGUCUCCGUUGAAAGCAUGAAAUAAUUCCGUGAAAACUGCAGAGUCGGUGUACACGAUAAGGACAAAUCUGUACUCACAUAUAUUUAAUACACGUGUACUUACCAACCGGGAUUACGUGUUUUACGUAAAUACCUAUAGUGAAAAUAAGUAAAAAUAACGUGAAAUAGGUACCUACGUGAAUAUUUUAUGUGAACGCAGAUUUUAUAAAAAUAGGUACACGGUUUUAUAGACUCGAAUGUUAAUUUCACGUGAAUACGUGAAAGCAUCACGCUUUGAGUGUGUACACGUGAAAUAGCGAACUCUAUUAUUAUUAUUUUAACUCUAGGAUGACAUUUUUUGAUUUUCUCAAGAGUUCUCUCAAUAAAUGGGAAAAACACAGUAAAAACUGAAGAAAAACUGGACAAUAAUUACAAUAUUAAACAAAAAUAUUAAUGAAAAUAAUAUAUAAUAUUAUUUAAUUAUUUUACCUCAGUGGAACAUAAAUACGUAUAUUGUUGACAAAGCAACAUUAUUAACCGAACUCCGCUCAGAAUCGUUUUUCGUUAUCAAUGGUUAAUCGUUGCAUAUACAUUAAAUUUCGCAUCUACCUUCCCAACUUCUCAACUACGACAGUGGUUUACCCACCUGCGAACAAUGUCGUAUGAAGUAAUGUAUUAUUAUUGUUACUAUUUAUAAAUUCACAACAAACCCGAAUAACUAAAAUUGCAAUGUAACACGGGACACAUAAAAUAUUAUGUGAACGUAAGUAAACGUUGUAAACAUUUCUAUAUUAUAUUACAUUGUAUUUCGUACACAUUUUAUUUUUCAAAUCCUGAAUAACGCUUCGUUAUUUAGUUUAAAAUUCAAAAAUAUAUAAUAGGUACUUAAAUAUACUAAUAUUAUAAUAAUAAUAUAAAAUAUAAAAUAAUAUACUCAAAUAAUAAUACACAAUAUACUCAAAACGGGAUUAUUCAAUUCGGAGUUCCCAUUUAAUUUAAUAGCAGGUGCAUCUAAGAGUGUUUUUUUUUUAAUGUAAAAACUGUCAAAAUUUGUUUUCGAAAUUGUUGCACAUCAUAUAAAUCGUGAAAAUAUUAUUCAAAGUGAAAUAUAAUAAUUCUAUUUUAAAUUGAUUAAUUCUUUUGUGUAUAUUUUUACUAUAUCAAAUGAAUUUAAACCGUUCACUGCUUAAACAAUUCGACAAAUAACAACAAAAAUAGAAAACGAAUGAAGACAAUUCCGAGAAACUUGCAGUUUAAAUUUUUCUUUUCAAAAAAAUACGAACAAUAUUAAUAUUAAAAAAAAAAAAAAAUAAUAAUAAUAAUAAUCUUUCAUUAAAUUACAUGUGUUUUUUACAAUACCGUUGUUACACUAUGGGAUACUUACUUAUGAGUAGGCCACUGUUAUGUAAACAACCAGGCGAUAAAAUUAUAAUAUUGAGUAUAAUUGAAAUUAAUUUAAACUCUUUGACGAUGACAUUCGAAACGAUAAAACGUAACCUAUACGAAAUUAUUACCAUAAUAUAUAACAUUCAACGCUUACUUUAUCAAACUAUAUAAAUAUUUCAUGAGGUUAGUGUAGAAAAAAAAACCACUUCCUGUAAAUUAAGUAUAUCCUCGAAAGUCAACGGUAAUUUCACAACAACAAUAGUAGGUAUGAGCCGAUAAGAGCUUUUGAACACACUUCUGUGUAUCCUGUAUUAUAUAUGUGGCAGUUUAGUUCCUCACGAUCAAAUUAUAUUGUGAACCAGCAAUUUUCAAAGGGUUAUGAAUUCUUCAUCUAAAAAUGGAUAUGCAAUUUAUUUAUCUUUCUUACACCUUAAGUCUAAAUGUUAAGCUAUUAUAAGUUUUACAAAUUAAUAGAUAAAUCAGAUAAUACUGAAAUAUCGGUUUUAACAUGACAUCAGUGUUAUACCUAUCAAAAUGUAUAAAAAAAUAUCAUCUAUAUUUAAAUCUGUGUUUUGAAAAGGGCGGUGAAAGGAGGGUGUUUUUAUUUUAAGAUUCAAAGUAUAUACUCGUUUCAGGUAUAAAUAAUAUAGAUAAAUCAUUGAAAAUAUGUGUUAAAAUAAAGUUAAAACGAUUCCAUAACUAUUAUUAUUAAAAAAAAAAAACAGAGAUAAAAUUCGCUUAAAAUCCUUCAAGAAAAUUACUGGUUUACAUUGAGUUAUCGCCCUGUAUAUACGAACUAGCACAAAAAAGUGCGGAGAAUACGCGAAAUAUUCACGUGAGUUUAUUACUGCAAAAGCAUAUGAAUAUAAUUCACUAACAAAAUAAAUAAAAAAAAGGAAGGAGAUUCUUCACACGAGGAUGCAGCCAUUGUUGAAGAUGGGAAGUUGGGAAGGUAGGCUACAGACAGGAAUUUGAUGUAUAUAUAAGCAAUGAUAAACCAUUGCUAACGAAAAAACGAUUCUGAGCCGAGUUCAAUAGAUAAUUUGCUUUGUCAACAAUACAAUAUAUAGUAUUGUGUCAUAUUAUGGUAAAAUAAUUAAAACACUAUGCGUUUCCAUGACAACAAUAAUUGUUUAAAAAAGAUUUAAAAAAAAAAACUAAAAUAAAAUAAAAUAAUAAUAACAAAAAAUAAAUAAAAAUGGUUGCCAAUAACAAUCUUAUGUUUAAUCUUUCAAUCUUUUUUAACCUAAAUACCGAGGUUUUCUCCAUUAUCUCGAAUAUUAAUGAAUAUUUCAAAAAAAAAACCUAUUUAAAGUACUACCCAGAGAAAAUUUCUCUUCAGAAAAGGAGCUAUACUUAAUAAUCUGAGAAUAUUUUCUGGUAAAAAAAGUGUUCACAUAAAAAAAAUUUAAAAAAUAAACAGUCAUUAUAAAACCAAUACAUUCCUCGUUCCACUCAGAAUUUAAAAUAAAUAAAUACAAAUUGGCUAAUUUUAACAUAAUUAUUAUAACGUCUUUAGACUUAAUUGAGUAACAAUAUAAGGUUAGGUUAGACUAAUAAGAUGUUGCUAAUAGAUAACCUGAAAAUAAAGUAUACCAAAAUGACAUAAAAAAUAUUAAAAAUGUAUUAAUAUUAUUCAGUUUAAAAAUCUCUCAACUAAUAAAUAAUAAUAUAAUAUAAAUUUAUUUUUCAAUUGAUAAUAAUUAAUAAUAAUCUUUGAAGUGUAAAAUUUAAGCAAAAAUAUCUAAACGGCACAUAUACUAUUAAUAUUACCAAAAACGUUAAAUACAAAAAAAGCCAAUGCGUUUAUAACUAAAAAUACUCAAAAAAAUAAAACCUUAAAACAUUCAUUAUGUUGAAUCAAUAUAUUUUUUAAAUAUUAAUUUAAAAAAAAAAAUGUUUGUAUGCUUUUGCAUAUUUUUAUUGGUUAGCCAAUAUUAAUAAAAUAUUCUAUUUACAAAAUUGUACUUCACAUAUUUUUCUUGCGUGUGUUUAUAAUUUUUAGGUAUACCUUUUAGGAUAUUUUAUACAUUUUUAGAGCAUAUUUUGAGGAUUUAAAAAAUUGUUAAGACAUUUUCAACUGUUUGAAUUGAAAAUCACAAAAUAAUUUUUCGGAAUGUAUAAAUAUUAGCAGUCGUUAACUGAUAACAUUCAUAUAAGUUUUAUUUUUGAUCUUCUAAUACAUUAAAAAUAUGGACAUGGCCAUACUCUAAUAUCAAUAUGUUAUCUUCUAAUCUGUAUUAUAUACGUACAUUUAUAUUUUUUAGAGUAGGUAUAUUUUGAUAUUUUUAGUGCAUAUCUGCAUACGUAUUUGAAGUUGUUCAAAGCAUAUUAUAAAUAUACUGCCUUAGUCAUCAACCGCUUAUUGUAUAAUAAGAAUAUGAAUUAAUUUGUGCGGUUUCGGUUUAAAAUCAAACCGAUUGGUAUUGGAUACGAUACGAUUGACGGAUUUAAGCAAGCUGCUCAUGACAUGGUUCUCGCAUAUUUAAUACCACGCAGAAUUCGGAUGUUAAAUGGUGAGUUUUUUGUAAAAACUUUAUUCGAUCAGUUUAACUUGAAACUUUGCUCGUUAUAAUAAAUAAUUCGAUUCAUUUUACCAAUACGAUUUUAUUGUGAUAUACAAAACGAUUGAGUUUGUUAACUGAACUUUACGUCACUAUCAGUGAUCGUUAUAUUUUUUUCAUAAGCCACUGAGUAUUUUUCAGUAGGUAUCUAGUAAGUAAACUACCUACCCGUCACGGUCUUCAGGUCAUUUAAAUAAUUAAAAACUUAAAAACUAUAUCAUAUUUUGUUGAAAAAAAAAAAGAACACAUUUAUAUAGUACGUUAAUGUAGUAUGUGUACCUGAUUCUGAACAGACAGACAUUAUUUUUAUUAUUAUAAAAUAUAUUUCGACCUAUAAAUAAACUACCACAGUAUACAUGGUGUAUCUGCAGGAUUUAACAAUUUCAUAAUCUAAACAACAUACAGCCUGUAUGUAUGUAUUUUAUUUGAGUUUUUACUGAAAUAUUAUUAUUUAUCUCCAAGGUUAAAACAAACACUUAAAUUCAUGACGUCUCGAACCUUCCCCCAUAAAAAACACCCUUGUUUGUCAUACCACGCCCGUAAUAUCAUAGAUAUGGAAAACGCAUCUUUUUAAAUGUCUCUCCAUUUUUUUAAUCAUACUAUGUUGUUAAUUUGGCCCAUUUGUAUCUUCAAUAAUUUUUAACUUUAUGAUCUUUUUCAAUGCCUGGAUAAUAUCACAAAAUAAAUAGUAUUGAGAAGAACGAAAAGGGCGGGCAAGCGUGGAGAAAUCAGAAAUCAAUAAUAAGCACUGUAAUUGAAAAAAUAAACAAGUAAACGACCACUGAAAGGAUUUCGCUUAAAAUUGGAGGGUUUUGAUGUCAGGAAUGUCUGAGUGGCAAUAGAGAACAGAAAUAUUUGUUUGGCGGGCUAGUCUUUUAAAAGUCGUUAUCCUUUAAAAAGAAGAAUAGUUUUUUCGAUAAAAACUUAUUAGAAUCUAAAAAUACAAGAAUAUUAUCGAAACAAAAAAUAAUAGUGAUAAAAAAAUGUCAACGUUUUAUCUAAAAUGGUUUUCAUUCAUUUGAAAUGCACCGUACUAUAAUAUUGAAGGAUAAUGCCUGUUUAUUUUUUUUUUAUCAAAACUAUACACUUAAAACGUGCGGGACACUAUAAUAGAUAAUUAUUUGUAUAAAAAAAAAAAAAACAAUCUGUUUUGACGGAAACGAACGAUAGAGAUCCGUUUGAUAACGAGGUCGCGCGUUAUUAGAAACAAAACUGCCAAUGCCGCAGUCGACAAACAGAAUCGGUUUCACGUGUUUAUUUGUGUUUUCGUUGCGAAAAUCGCGUUUUACUACAAACGGGUUGUCUUCCAGAAAUUUAGAAAGUUGACCGACACUGAAAAAUCAGUAGAUGAGAAAAAAAAUUAAAUCGAAUAUCUGUUGCGUUUCUCCCGCCAAUCCCGCCUCCCCGCCCCCCCCCCACUAGUUUUGCGUGUAUAAUAUGCCGCUUACGUGUAACAGUACGCGUAUGCCUACAUUCGCAUCAACGUGAAACCGAUAAUGACUUUAUAUUUAAUAUAUUAUAAUACCUUUAUUGGACCGGUUUUCGGGGCGCAGAUCGUUGGCGUGCGAGUAUCCCGUGUGUAAUAACAAUAUUAUAACGAACGAUCGUUAUAUAAAAGAAAUAAACUAAUUCAAUAUCGUUAUUUUUUUGUCUUUCUUAUAAUUGUACAGCGCGUAGGUAUAAUAUAAUUUAUUUCCAUUAUAUUAUACGACCGUGCGAACGAGCGUAUAGAAUAAUUUAAUUUAUAUACCUUUACAAUGUCGAUGGAUUUUUUUUUUUUUCAAUUUUUUUUUUAUACUUCGUAUUUUUCCGCUCGUAUAGUAAAGUUGCACGAGACUCGGGGGCGGCUGGAUAUAAUAUUUCAUUCGGCGGUCCGAGUGGUGUAAAACAAAACACAUCCUAUGGUUUUUUUUAACGGUUCAUCUUUAGGUGGGUACUACUAGUUUUAUUUAUUAAAAAAAAAAAACAAUGUUCAAAAGUACAAGCACAAUCCAUUCGGUAUUAUAAUAAUAUAAGGUUUGUCCCAACACGGUAUUCGGGACUAGUUGUGGACUGAUCGGGGAUUGAUUUACUACGCAUGCGUGGACUGAUCAUAUAUAUUCGGAGCUUUGCAGAAAACUGUUGGAACGCGUUCCGGGCCAACUCUCGAAUCGUCCAAGAUUGUAGAAUAUUGAUAAUAUAUUAAACCUGUUAAGAAUGAAUCUGUUGUGUAUUGAAUGUGAGAGCAUUAACUAUGCGCGAAAAAUGAAACAUCAGUAACAGAUAACAGUAUAAAAACGUGAACCGGUUAUACAUUCGAACGCAAAACAUUGAUAGCAUAAGAAAAUAACAAUAAAUAAAUGAUAACAGGAUUGUAAUUUCAGCCCCCCCCCUCCAAAAAAAAAAAAAAUGAAUUUACUUCGCACGAAAAACUGUUGUAGAUGAGAAUUUGGGAAGUUAAAAGUGAAAUUGAAUGUAGAUCUGUACGCAACUGUUAACGAUUCUGAACGGAGUUUCGUUUAUACACAUGAGAGGCCGAAGAGAAGGAGCAAGAUGCAGCAUUUGCUCUCACCUGAACUUCAGAAUUUCAAAUAUAAUUUUAUUUUAAAUAAUUUUUGGUAAAUCAUUUUAUUAUGCCUCUCCCUGAUAAAUUUUCUGCGUGCACCUAUGGUUAAACAUAUUUUGAAAGGCCGUAUGAUAUUUACGAUUUGAAAAUAAUUUAUAUCGUAAAUUUUCCCGUUUCUCCUACGUUAUUGACCAGAUUUUCCGAUUUAUUAAGAAAACCCUUAGAAAAAGUCCCUAAAAUAACACUCCAGCAAAAUUUCUUUUCAGAAAAAAUACUACACUUGAAAAUCGAAACAAAAUUUGUGGCACAAAAGUUGUUUACAAAAUAAAAAAAACAUCGUAAAACCAAUACAUUCCUCGCUCCGCUCAGAAUCUAAAAUAAGAGUAACAAAAACUAAUAAUAGUGUAAAAUUUAUUAUCAAGGACCCGGUGUGCAGUUGAUGAAACUUGUUUUUUUUUGUACUUUUUUCGAUUUCUGAGUUCCUUUAUUGCGAUUACACCGGGGCGGGGAGGAGAAACUAUUUUUAAUACCGUUGUCUAACAUGCCCUUCUGACUGCUAACUUCUGCAAACGGCGUAACGAAAAUAAAAAAAAUAUAUUACACACAAUAUAAUUUUCGUAAUAGGUACAAAUGUACGCUAAGCUUGUGUUUUUGCCGAUUUCGAAUAUUGAAACGCGUAGUGUGGUUUUUUUUUUUAUUGUAGGUAAUACCGCUGACACUCCGUCGACCGUGUUCCGUGUUCGGAAUCUUGUGUCGACGCGUGCCACUACACGGCCUGUACGUAUAUAGGUACAGUUAAUUGCACUUUUAUCCGGUCCGUUUAUAUACUAGUAUCAUAAAUAUUUACGUUUUAUACAGUUUUACGUAAGUAUAGGUUUCCAAACGGGUCAUGUGAUGACGGUAAAAACCGUCAAUCCUUUCGCAGUCAAACGGAAAUCGCGUACAAUAAUUGAUAAUUUAUAGUCACUCGCUUACCUAGGUAUUGCUGUACACUCUACAAUAGAUUUAUUUUAAAAACACAUACUUGACUCCACCAAAUCAAACGUUAAAUCGCAUUUAUAAUUGAUACAACAUAGUGCAACUGAUAAGAAAAGAUAUAAAAAAAAAUACUGAUAACAAAUAUAUCGAAAUUUCAGUUUUAUUUUUGUCGAGAGUAAGAAGCCACUGUACCAUAAACUAUCUUACCCUGCUUACCGAACCCCAUUCAUUAAAAAGGUCAUUUUUUGACUUUCGACACCAUUUUAUAAAUAAAAGCACUUAAGUGGGAAAAAACGUAGGAAAACGUACUAUUUCACGAUUUCAUUAUUUUAUAAAAACAAAAAUGACCGAUUUGAUUAUUAUUGUUCACGAUUGGAAUUUGAUUUACGAAUUUUGCAACGAUAAAACUGUGCCGUUUGUGCACCGUUACACUACUCAUCACAAAUCAGCGCGAAACGGAAAUACGUACUAAUGCUUCCGUAUAAAUAUGAUUUGCUGCACGUGUCGUACCAAAUCAUAUUUUAUUACCUAUUUCUUAUUAUCUGCAAUUUAACCGUGCAGGUAACACGUGUGCGCUCGUGUUAUUAUUACAAUAUAAAAUCAAUUAAAAAACUGCAUAAUUUCCCCGCGAAAACCCUCGAGAGAGAGAGAGAGAUUCAUAUGAACCGUGGACGGAGGCGAUAAUUAAAACCGAUAAUAAUUUAUGUGAUUAUAAUAAUAUAGCAUAAUGAACUCUUCACGGUUAAUCAAUUUAAACGUAACUUAUACCACAUACUUUAUAUACAUCAGUGGUUCCCAACCUCUUUUAUUUUACGCUCCUUUUGUAGAUUUUCAAAAAUCUCACCCCUCUUCCUCUACGUUUUACCUUUUUGAGAACAAUAUUCCGUACGAUUUUUUGGGCAAUGUUGCCAUAUACUAUUAAUUAUUGUCAACUCGUUUAAUUUUAUUAAAUAAUAUAACAUUAUAAAAAAAAUUGAUAAAUUUGAAAAAGUUAACAUUUUUUCAAUUGAAUUGGUUAUUGUAAAUUGUAUAAUUUUUUUACUAACUACAAACUACUAUAAAAUAAAAUUAGUUUUUCACUUAACUUCUGCAGAAAUAAUCAUGCGUCAAUGUAGGUUUGUUUGGAUAGGUCAAGCAAAAAACCACGGGUUUAUAAAAGUAAAAAAAAUUACUUUUAUACAAAUAAACAAUUAAUUGUAUAGAGCUGAAUGUAAUACCUCACCGUAUAAUUAAAUACAAAAAAAAAACUUAUCUGAUAUAUAACGAUCGUAUCGCUGUUGUACGUAGUACACGUGUUACUAUAAUAGUUAGGAAUACCCUAUACGUAAACCGCUAUAACUCAUUAAAAUUGUCAAUUACCUACGUAAGCUUAUGAAAAUCUGGCAACAUGCGCUAAAAUAUUAGGAACACAACUUACGGAAUCGUUUGCCUAACCGAUAACCGGUCGUUAUUAAUUUAUCAUUUUUCUCCUUCAUUGUGAAAUAAAAAUAGUUUAAGUAAUAAAUACAAAUUGUGCACAACCUAACCUCCACUGCUAUCCAAGGUGUUUCACCAAGAUAUAUCCAUUGCGAUAUCUCGGAAUAUAGUAUUUACUUUUUCGGAUUUUUUUUUUUUUAAAUCUAAAAAACAAGUAGCUCUAAAUUGUUACAUUACCCAUUAUAUUUUUCAAUGUGAACCGACUACCUGUUGGUCAUAGUGGUAGUUACGUAAGCACGUAUACAUAAAACAAAUUUCGGCGAGAUUCGUAACCGACUCGAACCACAAUAUGCAAUGCAUGGUAUAUGAAGCGUUAAAAGUAGAAUUGUUAAAAUUAAACCCCUAAAACUUCCACUAGUAUACGUGCCUGACCGUACCCAUUUAUUUUGUCAUAUCUACAAAAGCAGGUAUAAAUAUGUAUAUGUAUAUGACUGAAAUGAUAAUUAGAAAAAAACACGAAAAAAUUAUUUCAUUUAUGUACCUAUUUGAUACUAUAUACAUAUACUAAAUUGUUUUCCGUUUACAUAAGUAACUAACCAUUUUUUAUUAUAGCCUGUACCGAAUAUUCGCUUUUUAUGUACACAAACGACGUAUAUAAAUAACGAUAACAGUUUUUAUAAUGCUGAGAUUUGAAAAAUGUGAUUAAUUAAUUAAAUGUAUUUUUUUUUUUUUUUUGUCUGCAAUAAUAACGAUGAGAUAUUGUACGGCAUAAAAUUGCAGUAAGUGCAGUACAGUGUACAACGACUCGAAACGACCGUGUACAACAUCUAAUAAUAUAAUGUACAAUGAAAUUUAAAAGCGCCUUUUAACCUCCUUUUUAUAAUAGAAGGGCGACGGUUAGGAAAAACGGAGUACGAGAUAAGAGCGGACUUAACGAUUUCACUAUUUACAUUACGGAAUAUUUGUGUAAUAACGUUUGCCGAGCUCUCUUUUAUGCGCGGCACAGUGGGUAUUUACGGAUCUUUAUGCAAGUUAAUGUUUUUUCACAUACCCGGGGUAUCUAUUCGAUAGGAUACAGUAUAUUAUAAGUCACAUGGUUAUUGAAUUAUGCGAUUUGCAUUAUAAUAUUAUAUUCGUUAUUUGCAUUGAUAUACGAAUGCGCUACGUCUUAUUAUAAUAUAGUUCCGUCGAUAUUUCUUAGCUUCGUUCAUGAUAAAUAAAUGAUACAGAAAUAAGUUGUUUCGCACCGAAAUUCGCAUUUUUUUCUAAUCUCGUAAUUAUUUACAUAACGAACAUCAUAGUAAUAUAUAUCACGAACUAUCAUUUCAAAUUGGUUUAUCGUAUUUUUAGAUACGUACGCAAGAAAAUUAAUUUGAUCUUUAUACAUAGUACAACGUAGAACAUUGUUUUGUUUUCAUUCGUUACAAAAUAAACAAAUUAUCAAUAUCGGCAACACGCGUAAGCGGCGUACUUUAAUAUAUAUUAAUUAUUUUUUUUAUUACCUUCGUGUGUUUAACGCAAGUUGUAACCAUACACAAUUGAUUUUAAUGUUUUGUGAAAGUAUAUAUUAUUACCAAUCGCUUCGAAACCGUUGUCGGUCGGUUUAUUUUAAUAAAAUAUUACAUACUUUGUUGUCGUUACUCCAGCAGUCAAUAGGCUAGGUUCUCCCAAUCUCAAUAUAUAGAUUAUCGAGCGGGAUGUUUUUAUUGACAAGAUUUCUUGAAUAUAAUUUAUAAAUUUCUAAACUGUGAGUACAUGAUAUAUCUGUUUUAUUAAAUAUGAAUAUAAUACGAGUAUAAAGUGGUUAAUGUACAUUAAUAGUUUCACAAAAGAAUAAUAAUAUUUGUUAGUAUGAUUUAUUUGCUAACACAUUUUUUUUUUUUUUUAAAUAAUAUUUAAAACAUUUUUGAAUUUUUUUUAUUUUUGAUAUUCUUAGAUUUUACAAGUAUAUUAUUUUUCUUGUAUAAAAAGAAAAAAUAAGAUAUAUGUUAAAUAAAGUUAAGGUAAGUUAUAAAGACAACUAAACCAUUAAAGUCGUUAUAAUUUUUUACAUAAUGUUUGAUGUUGAGGACAUUGUCUAUUAGCAUAAUAACAUUGAUUGUUCUUCCAAUUUACUAGACCUAUUCUAACUAAAGCCAUGGCAGACGCACAUAUAUCUAACCUUUAUGAUGGUAAGAGUAUCAAACCAAAUUCUGAUAUUAGUGAUGCAUCACUCCACUCUAAAUUAGCACCUUUUAUUAUACCUUCAUUUCUUUGCAAAGCAUUGACGAUAUCAUAACACACUUCGUAUUUACUAUUAGAUAAUAUCAUUAAUGUCUUAUUAAUAUUAGAUUGUAUAGUCACAUACGUUGCAUACUCUGAUGCUAUGAUUAAACUUAAUCCUGCACCAGCUGGUAUUACACACAUGUCGUUAACCUAACCUAACAUCUACACUGCCGCGGAAUGUGUAACGAAAUAUUCUGAAUAUUGUUCGCAUAUUUCAACUAUAGAAUAUUAUUCCUCUAGACGUAUUCGCACCUAAUUUAUCUACACGUAUUACCUCGUUAUUUAUGCUGUUUAUCGGACAAAUAUUAUAUUUUACGGUCGAACUUAUUUUACUAUUAUUGUUAGUAUUCAUAAAAUAUUUAACAGCCGGCGGUACUCUUAAUUAGGCUCUGAAGAUAAUAAUAAUUCACAGUAAUUUAAUAAUAUACCUAUCUGUCUACUUUAUAUAUACUCUUGUGCUUUUAUAAUUGACAAUAAAUUGCUCUGUAUUUAACUUAAUUCAAUAUCCGCACGCAUUUUAAUCUAAAUAAUUCAAUUCAAUUAUUUACGCGCAAAAGAUAAAAAUCUUCAAAAUAAUAUUCAAUAAUAACUUAUAUAAUUUAAUAAAUGUACGCGCAAAAAUAAUCCUCACUAUAUCCUCACUCGCACAAUUCUUUAUAAUAAACAUACCAGGUGAUCCAUUUAAGUGGGUACAUUCAUUAUCUCAGAAAAUAUUAUCAUUUUUUUGGAAUUAAUUUUCUAGAAUAUUGAAGAAACAAGCAACUCUACAAUUUUAUAUUAAUGCUAUUUUUUUUCACUCCUAUUUUUUGGGUUAAACCACCCACCUACUUUUGAUUUUCAAAUAAUUUAAAAAGUCCAUAAAUAUAUGGAGUACUAGUUAAAAUACAUCAUAGUAUUGAAUUGUUUGAUUUCUGUCCAGCUGUUGACGAGAUAUUCCAUUUUUAAGUUUGAGUUGGAGGAGAGUUGUAGUGGUUCAUUAUUAACACCGUGCGCCGUACCGCCACACAAAUGAUAUUCCAUCACUCUCCUCCAACCCAAACUUAAAUGUGAAAUAUCUCGUCAGCGGAUUGAUGGAAAUCAAAAAUGUCAUCACUAAAACUUAUUUUAACUAAUAUUCGAUCUAUUUGUGAUAUUUUUAAUAUAGGUUAUCAAUUGAAAAUCAAAGUAAGUAGCAGUUUCACCCCCAAAAAUAGGGGUGACAAAAAAUAAUAUAAAUUUAAAAUUGUUUAGAGCUACUUGUUCCCUUAAUAUUCUAGAAAACAAAUUCGGAUAAAAGUUAAUACUUUCCGAGAUAAUGAGUGUACCCCUUAAAUGGAUCACCUAGUAUAUUUUUCAUGCUCAACUUAUGUUAAUAGACUCACAAUAAUUUUUCUCCGCUAGCUGACAAUUUCUGAAUUAAUACGCCUGACUCGGUUGAAGAAAACUUGUCAAAAACAAUAAACGUAAUUAUAUGUUUAUUUAUAAACCGGGAUCAAAGUUUCUGAUGUUAUCAUUUCGUUUUGACGGUUCGACCGUUGUUUGUUAUCAUUGAUUUCUAAUUAAUAAAUAAAUGUGUUGAGAUUGCUUAUGUGGGUUUGCACUGUUACUUAUUGUCCAGGGAGUAGGUAUACUAAUGGAUAAUAUCAUUGAAAGAUACUAUUUUUUAUAUGAAAAAUCGGAGGUCAGACUUUAUGUUGUACAUUUAUAACCUACAUUACAAUAUUAUAUUUAAUUACAUACAAAUGUCUUAUUUUAUGUAUUUAAACGUUAUAUUUUACAAAUAUAAAAUAUAUGGUAAUGAUGAUGAAAAUAAUAAAUAUUAUAUCGACUUGUAUAUUUACGUCUAUGUACAAUAACGGUUGGUUUAUUGUAGUUGAUGGGCAUAACCGAGUAGAAUUAUUAUCUAACCAUUCAAUAGUUUAUACUGUUUAUCGUAUUUGAGAAGUUUUCCCGGAUAAAAAUAUUCAGUAGUGGAUAAAUAAUAAAUCGAAAAACAUCCGACAAUACGUCUAAACUAUCGACGGUAUAAACUAUUGUCGACAUUUUCGGUCACUAGUUUUUUCUAACUCGUUGUUUUUUAAAACCCAAAACGUACAAACAAUAUUUUUCACUUUGCGUGGGUCUAUUCAGUAAUAUUUUAGUUAACGCCUUUUUUUCCAUAUUCUGAGUUGAUAUGAAUAAGCUACUAUACUUUGACUAAAACAUUAUGUUUAUUUUUCUCCGAAAAUACUUUUUGUUGUGUGUAAAAUCCUCCAAAUUGGAUUUAUAAAAGAUCCGGGUUUUUUGCUUUAGGUACUUUAUUCGUAAACAUUUACAGGAUUCCUAACAGAUUUUCUAGACAAAAGCUGAAAAUAGAUAUUCAUCGGUUUUAUUUCUGUUGAUUUCUAUGUUUCCUCAACUACGACAGAAAAUUACAUGACCAACUUAUACCAAUUUAGUGAAAACCUUAUCAUAAUGUUUACGUACCUAGCUUUGCUUAAAAUCGUUUUUUGGUCACGAUCGUUUAUCGUUGUUUUCAGUAACUAUGCAAACUGAAUAACCAACAAUAUACCUUUCCAGUUCCCCACCUAUAACAAUGGCCUACCCGUCAGGUGUUUUUGUUUUUAUAAUAAAAACUCUUUCUGUUAGAAUCUUUUAAUUAGUGGUUGUAGAUUUAUCGAAAAUUGUUUUAUUUCAAAUUGAGUAUGUUGUAACUACAGAUAUUAUAAAUGUAUUUAUAUGUGGUUCUGUAUAAUCCGAAAUUGAAUAGAACUGAUUUAUAGAGAAAAUAAAAAAUAAUAAUAAUAAAGUAAAUGCAAUUACAAUAAAAAGACAGACAAAGAUUGAUUUGUAUAUUAAUAGCUGUCAUGUAUACAAUGUAUACCCUUAUAACAUUUCCGAGUUACGGGGUUUUUUUUUGUUUGAAAAACUUCAAUUUUAAUUAAAAACACUCGAUAACUGCGCGCCUUCCGUUUCAUACCUAUUUGUUUCGCUCUAUACACAUUUAUAUCGGUCGCGAGCCGACCUAAUAUUGAUUCGCAGACUUUUUAGGAUAGGCUAACGUUUAAAUUAAAUGUUACGCGUCUUAAAACUAAUCGCGCGAAUUUUGUCCUGCCGGACGCAAAUUCGUUAUUUCGUACGUUCUAAACACGGAUAAAACGAACCCGGGUUUCACGUCCUUUUUUUAAACACUAACUAAUAUAAUAUUGUCAGUAAACCUUUUUCGAACGGUGCGCUCGACGCUCGUCGUUAUAUUAUUAUUAAAAGAGUCGGUCGAGUAUUCGGCUCGAAUCGACAAAUAUUAUCUGGGUAUACUUGUUAACUCAAAUACCCGAGUAUUCGUAAUUGUUUUGUUUAAACAAAAUAAAUGUAUAAUAACCACCUAGGUAUAAAUAUCUUCAAUUUCCGAUAAAGAGACAGUGUUUAUUAGUUUGAAAUAGACUGCCAUUAUAUUAUGAAAACGGCAUGUUUCGUGUUUAAUUUAAAGUAUGUCGAAUAUUCGAGUAGUCGAAGAUUUUUUUUUUUUUUGCUCGAGUAUUUGAUUUAACUCGGAGUACUCGACUUUUGAACUCGAUUCAAUUUCAAAUAACCAAAACUCGCCCAACUCAAAUUGUUAACAAAGACAAAUAUCUACACCAGUAAAUUCCAAGCUAUAUUUUUGCUUACAGUAAUUGUUUUAUGGUACGCACAUGCUUACAUAUUCCGUAUUUCUUCUUUGAAGUUGUCGGUAUCUUCGUUUUUCGUUCAUCAUAAUAAUAUUACAAUAAUUGUGACUAUCCACCUUGCGAUAAUAUUAAUCGAGCACGGCUUACCCGUAAUCAUUCGCUUUAAUUAAACGGUAAUGCGUAUAGGCGUCCAUAUUUCACACCAUCGAAAUCCAAUUACACAAAUGACAAUAUCGAGUGUUUCGCUUUUCCUGAAAAAAUUGUUAAAAUAUCAUUAUGAAAUUUCAUCGGGUAACCGACGAUUUACUUAAUGAGUAAAAUAAAAUAACUGAUACUCAAACUAGUUGGGAAGUUAAAAUAUGUGAUACAAAGUUAUUUAAUUUAUAUCUGUAAGUGGUAAUAAGCCAUUAAAAACGAUUCUGAGCGAAUUCCGAUAAAUAUGCCGCAAUUUUUAUUAUUUAUAAAAAAACCAACUAAAUUACGUUUAAUUUUUAAUUUUUUUUUUUUUACUAACAAGUUCAACUUAUACCGAACCUCGUGUAAUAUGUUCAAAAAUUUCUGUUUUAUCAAACAAUUGUAUUCAUAUAAUACCUGGGUAUUAAAUAAAAUUUAAAAAGUACUACAAAAUAUAAAAUGUCUAUUAAUAGCUCAAAAAUCGGCAGAAUUUUUUGAAAAUUUUAUUGUGUCUACAAAAAGAUAAUAGAGAUAUUCUAUAUAACAAAAAAUGUUUAUUUAAUUUAAUCAUUCUAAACUGAUUUACAACAAAACAAGAAAAUCGAAAAUAAUGAAACCGUUAUUUCCUUUCUACAUACGGGUUUCCAAGUUAUUCCUAAUUAUAAAAAACCCCACGAAAAAUAAAAUAAAACAAACUCCUUAUAUGCAUUGGCUUAACAAAUUUUUCUUUCUAAAAAUAUGCUACUCUUUAUACUCUUUUUAUACUGGGUUUAUCUCCACAAUUGUUAAUCUUAAAAAAACAAAAUCGAUUAGAUUAAUUAUUUUCAUAUUAUAUUUUUGAGCACAUUUUUUAUGCGGAUAAUAUUUUUCGUUUCAAACACUAACACUUAUAAAAUGCAAAAUUAUUUCUAUUCAAGAUCUCAAGAUGGAAAAUUAUUAAAUCGAAAAAAUAUCUAUUAACAAAUAGACAUAACAAAAGUACCGGAAUACACCCCUGAAAAUUUUACGUCCAGGAUAAAUUCUAGCCUUACCCACUAGUUUCGAUCCUAGAUCCCUAGAUAUAGAUACUUAAACAUAAUUAAUUAUUGCUAUUAUUGUAUGUUCAGAUGGAGGAUGUUGAAUGUAAUAAUCACGAAAACCGGCUGAUGUUCAGUUUACAACAAAUGAUGAACUCCGAACAGUUUGCAGACGUUAUUAUAUGCUGCGCUGAUGGAUACAAAUUACGAGCCCACAAAGUCGUACUGUCAUAUUGCAGUUCAUAUUUACAAGUAAGACGAGUAAAAUGUUCAAUUUUUCCUACUUCUAACAAUAAAAUAUGCGGGGUUACCGCGUGGUUCUAUUUUAUUUGAAACAUAUUUCAUAUAUUUUAAAUUCUUAACGGUUCAUCCCCUAUAAAUCCUUUUGUUAAUUUUGCUCUGAAAACCGUUUUUCGGUUGGUACUCUAUAUAGGAACUAUUUUUCUAAAUUCCAGACAGUUUUUCUAAAAAACUAAAAACAAAAAAACUAAUGACAAUUGAUUUAAUUAUUGUUGAUUUCUGGAUUACCGUGGCCACAAGGGAAAAAAUACACUACUUUUGGGAAUAUAUUACCAAUUUAACGUACUCCGCUCAGAAUUAUUAUUCGAUUGCGAUGACUUAUCGGUUGUUUUCGGUAUAUAUUUCUAACUUAACCUAACGAAAAUACAUCUAACCGAACCUUCUCAUUUAACUCUCACAUGUACCCUGAGGCCUACACACACACGGAGUUUGAAGUGUAUGGCCGAAUUUUGUCGUUUGUUGUUACUAUAUACUAUAGACAACCAAGAUCUCGUACGAAACACAGACAUUUUCUUUUAUCCGAUGGAUUUUUUCGAUUUAAUUUAAUUUUUCAAUUUUACGUCCUUUGAUACAUUAAACGUACGUUAACGUAUUAUAUAACGACACGGUCAGGUGCAUAGUGUAUAGUCGAUUAUUAUUGAAGUCAGCAACUACACACAACGCGCAAUGCGUUCACACCGUGAAACCGUCGCAUCAAUGUUUAAUAAUGAUUGUAAUAAUUAUUUAUUCAAUUCGCCGAUCACGCGUGUUACCGCAGUACCUAGUAAUUAUUAUCAACCACGCAUACAUACGUCAUAUAGCAUCGUUAUUGGAACGGAUAAAAUCGCGAAUAAUUAUUAUAAAUUAUGAAUACACGCACAUAGUUGACGGUAAACAAAUAAUUACAGGAGAAUUCUGUUCGACCGGAAACCGCCAAAUGUAUCGUGUUCAAAACUCCUAUUAAGAGGCCUCUCUCUCGGUUUUUCUAACGAGAAAUAUAUAGUGAAAAUGUGUUCACCCAAAACGAACGAAAAGACCAUAAGAAUCGGUAUUUAUCGAUAAAACGUCUAUUAUGCCAUUUUUUAAAUUACAAGAUUUUGAAAACAACUUCUUCGGGGGUUUUUUCUCAAACUAUUUAGUUAUUGAAAAAAAUACAAUUCUUUCUACCGUACCACCGACAAUGAUUUAGAUAUUCAUAUCGAAUUAUCGACGAGAUUAUCUUUAAAAUGGUGUCAUAUACAAAUUGUGUAAUAUGCUUUUUAUGUACGUAGACCCGAUUUCAAAGGCAUUUUCGGUAUUUUAUUUCGUUUAAUGUGAACGCAUUUUUUUCUAUAAAAAUACGUUACUUAGGAUGAUAAUUAUAGCGUUUAGGUUGACAAUAGAGAAACCCAAAAGACUCUGCCGAUCCCGAUACCGCUAGUCAUAUAGUCUAACAAUAACUUGUCGAUUUUGUCACCUACCAAUUAUUACUAGUAGUCGUUCUGGUUCCUCCUUGAAUUUGAGAACAUAAUAUUCUAUAACACUUUUAAUUAAUGCAUUUCUACUUAUGCGUACGUACAUAUUUAACAAAGUUUGUGCCAAACAAUUUUUUUAUUUCGAUAAAUAACUAAAUUGAUUUUUCGACCAACAGCUACGGUUUCAAAAUUCAUUAUUGCGAUGCAUGCCACUAACUAAUAUAUCGUUUCAUGUUAGAUUAUCCAGAAACUAGCUUUAUCAAGUCAGUAUUCCGAGUUAAAAUGCCUUCAUUACGGGUAAUACAUUAUAUAGUCAUUUUUAUUAUACCUAUUUCAGAUAAAUUUAAACGUCUAAAUAGCUUAUUUUUUGUUCAAAAAUUUUACAUUUUUCAUUAAGUUUCCAAAUCCGUUAAAAUUACACAUUCUAACUAUCUUUUCUCCAAAAGAAAAAGCCUGCCGCAAUCGACGAAUCCCUGAGAUUAGUGUUCAUAAAUAGAUGUAAUAUAAUUUAAAGAGGGAAAUAUUUUUGAGGACACCAUCAUGUUGAUUUUUGUCUAAAUAAUAGUGCCAAACAAAAAAUCUACAGAUCUUUUUAUUUAAAAAUAAGAAAAAUAGAGAAAAACUGCUGUAUUUCUUUAGUUUGACAAUAUUCCGGGUGAAAAAAACAGCGCGACGAAACCUUCGAAAAUAUUCUCCUAUUUUUAAACUAUAUUACCGGUGUUUAAACUGUAAAUUAUGUCAACCUAAACGCCACUAUUUCAAUUCUAAUUUCGUAGUUUUGUUAUUAUGUUGCCCGUUAAUUGGACUCAGAUGGUAAAUUCGGAUAUUACGUAAUCCUUUUAAGUAAAUUCGUUAAAAUUCAAUUAAAUUGAAAGCAAUGAAAACGUGUCAGUGUGAUAAUUUCGCGUGAUCCGGUGAUAAAUGCGAUUUAAGGACGUUGCCCACAGGGAACCGAAGGGUACGCUGUCUCCUGCGAAAAUGGAGUUAUAGUUUUUGAAUUUAUUUUAUUAGGAGUGUCAAUUGGGAUCAUAUUAGUUGUUAAUGUCCGUGGACCGUAUGAACAAAUGAAAAUUUAAAACUUCCGAAUUUCCGCUCGUCAUAGGUGUUACUUCAAACGAAUUUGGCUCAAUCCUGUUAUAUUAUGAAUGCGGAAGUUUGUUUGAGGAUGAAUUCCUCCUGGAAGGAUAAAUGUACGUUUGUUACUCCUUUACGCCCAAAAAAUAUGAUUUAACGCAUUGAUCUGAAACUUUGCAUAUAAUAUGUGGUUCACGACCAGGAAAUCUAUAUACGUAUAGAUAGCAUAUAGGUUAUUUCGUUCAUUAUUCAUUAGCAAUUUGCAUUCUAUCGCUCAAUCAGUAAUAGCGUAAUGAUAAUUUUUAUUAGGCAGCUGGUAUUAUUGUAUAUUUAUACAUUUUCUUUAUCACCGUUGAUUUUCAAUAUCCUAUGUAUCCUAAUACGUUAUAUAAAUAUAACAUAAUAACGACGAAGACCUUGUAUUUUACGAUAUGUUUUGCAUAUAUUUGUCUGUAGGUCCACCGUGUCGAAAUAGCGGCGAAUUCCGACAGAGAGUUGAAAGUGUGUGCAUUUAGUGAAAUCGGUUAAAAAUAAUUAUAUUAGCCUGCUCUUAAUUUUUAGAGAGGUUUCGAUAUUGCUUGUUAUAUACUCGAGUCUUCAGAGACGUUCAAAAGGUGAAUUUCUUUUAAUUAUAGCCGCUUUUUAGAUUCUGAGCGUAGGGAGGAAUGUAUAAGUUGCAAUAAAAUUCUAUUUUUUUUCUUGUCGUCUGUAAACGACUUUUCUACCACAAAUCUAUAGGUACAAUCAAAUAUGACAAGAGGAUCAUUUUUACUGAACAUUGAAUUCAAUUGUUUGAUGAGUAAGAGGCCGUAUUUUAAUUUUCAAAUCAGCUUUCAUAAUAUUUGAAAAAACCGGAAAUAACAUAGGAAAUACAAAUUAAGUAUACGACAUGGUUUUGUUUUUUCUGAUUUUGAUUUUUGUUUAUUAAUCGGUUAAAAAUUAUCGUAGAGAGCAAAAAUAUUCACAAAAUAUAUAAACAAUUAACAUAAGAAGUUCAAAAAUUUGUAUUUCUUUUUUUAUAAACGUUUUAAUUUAAAAUUUUUUCCAACAUCUAAAAAAUUAUCGACUACCUAAUAAAAACUUCACCCAUAAUUGUUUUUCGUUAGCAAUGGUUUAUCGUUAUUAGUUAAAUAACUUUAUAUAUUCUAUAUCUUCCCGAUUUCCCACCUACAACAGUGGCACACCCAUCAGCAGUAUCAGUUAUUCUUUUGUUUUUUUUUUUUUUAGUUUUGUGUAGAUUUGGUGAAUUCUUCUUUGACGAUGGAAUGUUUACAGAAAAUAUUGUUGAUCGAAUAAUUUCUAAAAUGACGAACCACGUGGCUGACUGGCUGUGAUUUGAUUAUUGAAUGCGUUCAAGUUCGUUAGGAUUUUCUAAUGAAAUAUUGGUAUUUUGAUAUGUGAGAGAAUAUGCAAGAAUUUAAAUUAUAUUUAUAUUUUCAAAUUAAUAUGUUUAUUCGAAAUUUGCUCAAAAUUGUUUUUCGUUAACACAGAUUUAUUGAAAUGAAAUAUUUUAUACAUUUUACUUUUCGAACACUUCGUCUACAACAGCGGCACACCUAUUAUCAGUAUCAAUGCUUUACUUUUUUUUUUCUAAAGAAUAUUACCAAGAGUUAAAGGAAUAUUUUCCAAAUACUCCCAGUUCCCCGGUACGUUCCUCGAGCAAUAUGCCUGAUUGAACAUCACGGUUCACGAGCAUCAGCUUUUUUUAGAUUCCGCCCGGUGUGAGGAAUGUAUUGCUUUUAAAACGAAAAACAAAAUAUUUUCCGGUAUUUCCGUAAAAAAAUUGUAUGGAUCUAGAAGUCAUACAAUAAUUUGUGCAUACGGUGAAAAAGUGUUAAAAUGACUUCAAUGAUUUCAUAAUAAAUAGGGAAAAAACGGAAAAAUGGGAAAUUUACGAAAUGUACUAUUUUCAAAUCGUGAAUAUUACGGCCUUUCAAAAACGUGUGCAACCGAACUCCGAUCAGCGUCGUUUUUCGAUAACGAUGGUUAACCGUUGGGUACAGAUAUGCAUUCGAUUUCCCCUCUGUCCUUCCAACUUCUCGCCGCAACAACAGUAACCCGGCCAUCGUGCGAAAUAUGUCCGUUUUUUUUUUUUUUUUUUUUUUUUGUUUUUUUUUCUAAAAUUCAUUUUUCGGUUAUUGUCGCUAAAUAUUUCCGAACGCGUCGGAAUGGAAUAAUCGUAUUAAUAAGUACUUAUUCGAUUCGCCGGGCACCACGCGUCCACGACGUGUCGGUGCCCGGCCGUCGGGUAACUGCUCGUUAUUAUUGUUCAUUUUUUCGCGACCUACUGCACGUGAACUCAGAUAUUAUUAUUGUGAUGCGUAUAACACGGGAACGAAAACCGCCGAAACAACAAUGCAAUUAAUAAAAACCGUGCGCCACGUUGAGUACCGUAGUUAAUCGUUUGCCGUUUACGCGUACCCAUUAGCAUAAUACGAAAGCCGCGCGCCACGUCCGAAAUACGAUUACGGAUUAAUUGUUAUUGUCGCUCGCCGCGGCGUUUUGCAGAACAUGUUCCUCGGCCACCCCGGGCCGGACGACAGCGUCACGAUCAUCCUGCAGGACAUCGGGCGCGAAGACGUGGAACGGGUCCUGGAAUUCGUGUACACGGGCGCGGCCGUCGUGCCAGGCCACGCGAUGGACGGUUUCGUGACGGCGGCCGGUGCGCUGGGUAUCGGGCCGCUGCUCGACCCGCGGGGGCACCUGGAAAUGUCCGCGGUCCACCAGCCGCCACCGCCGCCGCCGCAGCCGUCGCACGGCCGUCAUCGGCCGUACCAUUAUCGCGGUCGACCGGCCGUCGUCGAACACGCGAAGCACGCGACCGGGCCGGCGUACCAACGGACGUCGCGGCUGUCGCCCAGGACCACGGGAAUCCUGACCCCGUCGCCGUGGGCUCAAAAUUCCCGGCCGCCGUGCGCGGCGCCCAAACACUCGGCCCCGCACUGCGGCAGGACCGCCGCCGAUCCCCACGUGGAAUCCACCGGGGCGGUCACCCCCGCGGUCGUUAUCGCGUCAACCGUUUCACCGACACCAUCGCCGAUGCAUACUGCGCCUACUACGGAUACCGCGCUGCCACUAACGACGAUGUCCGCCACAGAACAACGGCCACCGCCGAACGCCGCCUCUGCAGACGUGUCCGCGACCCAGACCGCGGUUAAGGUAAUGCGCUAACGCGUUAUUAUUUAAUUCAAAUUACACAGUACGUCCCAUAGAUACUCCGAAAAUCGCCCGAAUGUUUUGAACGUUUUCGUCGCAGCCAAUUAUUAUUCGGUGAACAUUGGAUGGCUCUACGAUUUUUUUUUAACCGAAUUAAAAAAAAAAAAAAAAAAAAAAAAAAACUGUCCUAGCAUAAUAGGAAUGGGUGCAACCACUUUUAUAGCUAAUUUAUUGUAUACCUGUAAGGAACGAUAAACCAUAAGUGAUGCUUUGUCAAUAAUAUUAUAGUAAAAUGAUUAAGUAGGCUCCAUAUAUUUUUUUCAAUAAUAUUUCUUUAAUGUUGUACCGAUUUUCCUGGUUUUCCCAUGUUUAUCCCGGUUUUUCACAUUUGCCUGGAAAACUCUUGGGAAAAUCAAAAAUGAACAUCCUAAAGUACCCCCCCAGUUGGUUUCUUUUAGAAACAUUGCUAUCAUUAUAAAUUGGAACAAAAUUUCCGGUGGAAAAAUUGUGCACAGAAAAAAAGAAGGCCGUAAUAUAUUUUAACUAAAAGCUACAUUUCUUAUAUUUUCCCGUUUUUCUUCCAUUUUUUUUUUUUUUUUUUGGUUUUUUAAAUUAGAUGAGAAAACUUUCGAGAAAAAAACAAAAAAUAAGCCCCUUAAAGUACCUCUCCACAUAGCGAUUUCUUUUCAAAAAAGGUGCUACACUUGAAAAUCCGAGCAAGUCUUCUGGUAGAGAAGUUGCGCAUGAAUAAAAAUAAAAUAAAAUAAACAUCUUUGUAAAACCACAAGCGUCUUCGCUCCACUAAGAAUUUAAAAUCGAAUAUAAUGAAACCGAUAACACCGUUAACUUUCUUGUAUUCCUUACAUAUUUCUCCGGUUUUUUCCGAAUUACUAAGAAAAUUACGGGGAAAAUCGAAAAAUUACCACCUUAAUAAACCAACUAAAUCCAAAAUUGAACAAAAAAAUUAUUUCUAGUCGUUUUUUAAUAGGCGCAAGAUUUCUGAUAGAAAAAAUGCUCGUGGACACACACACACACACACAUAUAAAAAAAAACACGCAAACCAUAGUAAAAAAAAAAAAAUACGUUCCUCGCUCCGUUCUGAAUUUAAAGUUCUCUACGGCUGUCAUAAGAAUUUUAAAAUAUGAAACUAAUAGCCAGUGUUCUAAAAAAUAAAUGUUAAAAUAUCUAGAUAAAAACACGGGACAAUCGCUAGAAUAAUUAUUUAGAUAAAUGUAUAUAAUCAGCAACUUUGUGUCUAUAGGUGAAAAAAAAACUAGAUAAUUUUGUUCGUUGUCUUAGACAAUACACAAGUGUUAAAUAAUAUUGCGGUUUAAUUAUUUAUUUCGGAUAACAUCUCGGAUGACUUAUUUUUCGUUUAUCUAUAGUAGAUAAGAUAUUCUUUAUCAAGAUAAAAACACAACACUAGUCAGUGUUGUGUUUUUAUACUAUACGUUAAUAAUAAUAACCCGUCGGUCGUAAUAGUAGUGCACGUACACUCCUCGAAACUGCCAUGCACAAUAUACAAUAAUAUCAAUACGCAAUACGGUCUGUCGUAUCCCGCGGAGGUUUCAUAAUCAUUAUUUUCAGUUAGUACGACCGCCAGGUAGGAAAUGCAAUUUUCAUUACUCCGCCCGGUCGUCGUAAAACGUUAUAAACCGACACGGUACGCAUUAUGCAAAUUAAAAAACUCAACGUCAUCGCUACAAUAAACGCUAUAGUAAUAUAACACCUACCUAUACCAUGCCGCAUAUACUAUCAUUUGAAUCCAUUACGGAAACAGGUAGGCAUCUGUAUUAUUAUUAUAUUGCGGCAGUAUUGCAACGUACAACGAAUUCAAACUUGUACCUGUUUGAUUUCUUAUGCGACUGAAAUUUUAUUCCGAUCGUACCCACCUAUAAUAUUAUAAUCGUAAUCGCCCGAGAGUGAAUGUAUUUUUUUUUUUUUUUAUUAUUAUUCGUCCCGGUACACGCGAGAAACGAGUAAAAUUUCGUUUCGCAUACGAUUCGUUUUAUUAAACAAAAAUCGUAUGUGUAAAUAGUACUCGCGUGGAAUUAAAAAAAAAACCGUUUUAUUGCGCACCCCAAUUAUUACUACUCGGCGAUAGAGCGUGUUAAUUUUAGCGUUCCAUUAGUCGGCCGGGUUUACAGACUCGUGUUAAAAAUAUCAAAUCGAUAUUGCCGAAGUAGGAAUCGCUUUUUUCUUUUAUUCCCGGCGAAGCGAGGAACGCGUAUUUCGUACUUUUACUGCGACGGGUGUUUUUUUUUUUUUUGUCUGUAAAAGUAUAUGCCAACCCGAUCCGAAAGACUCGCAAUCAUCGACUUCGGGGGUGGUUUUCGAAAGCGUGUUACGGCUAUAUUUACAGGUGCAUGUGUGUUCGGAAGACAACCGCGGUAAAAAUGUAAUUAACUUGUUGUAGUUCAGCGAAAAAUAACCGUAGACCCAGGACCAUAGUCCUUAACGUAUAAGAUAAGAUCCACAGAUCCACGGAUCCAUAGAUCCACGUCUUAACAGUCCACUUUUAAGUUUGGGUCGGGGAGAGUAGUGGAGCAGCGUUUGUGUAGCGGCACGGUGCGUGACGUGUUAAUAAUACACCACUAUAAUUGGCUUCUACUCAGAGAAGUAUUGAAUAUCUCGUCAAUGGAUCGACGGAAAUCAAAAAUAUCAACAGCAUAACAAACAUUCAGUCUAUUUAUGGAAUCGUUAACAUUGUUUACCGUUCGAAAAUCAAAAGUAGACAGUGGUUUUACUCCGAAAAAUAAGGGUGACGAAAUUGUAGAGUCGCUUGUUUGUUAACGUGUUUUGAAAAAACGAAAUUCCGGAAAAAAAUUAUACUCUCCGAGGUAAUGAGCGUACCGCUUAAAUGGAUAGCUUCGUAUAAAGUGUGUUGGAAAAUCUAAAUCUUGAUUGUUAUCUUCUCUCCUUCUCUUUUUCUUUCUCUCUUUUUCUCUCUCUAUUUCUCUCUCUCUCUCUCUUUCCAGACAUUAUUUCGCCUUCCUACCGACACCGUGGUACAUAAAUUACCAUUCACCUAUUACUGCGGCAAUUGAUAUGAUAUUCGUUUUAUAAUUUGGUCAUUCUUCGAUCGUGACCGGUCUCGUAUUACACCUGUAUCUGCACUCGAACCGUGAACGAUAUAAUAUUAUAAUUUUAUGAUUAUCGAACACGACCGUCCGAAAACGAAAUCACAUUUUAAAUGAACUUUCACGCAGUAUUAAUUAUUUAUUUAAACAUUAUGAGUGUAGCAAAGAAGCAAUUACAUAUAUAGUUUAAUUAAUGAUUUGUUUUCACUCUUAUGGAAAAUACUGUUUCGGUUAGAAAAAUUGCUCAGAUUUUUCCGAGCCGUACUUGAGAAGACGAGGAAUUUUGACCGGUAAAAUUUUACUUAAAACACUAUUUGAAAUUUCUCACAGUUUACCCAUUUUAAUAAUUCAUGAGGUCUUUUUUUUUUUUGGACGUCGAACAUUUUUUUGGUAACGGUCAAUGCUCCAAAUUUUUUGAAACGCGUACCUUUAAAAACGCGGAAUUUUUGACGAUGGUAUUUUAUUUUAAAAAUUAUUCUACAUUCCCAACAGCUUUUUUAUAUACAAUUUACAAAACUGACGAAAAUUGUUUUCUUUUUUGAUAUCUGUGUUAUCUUUUGGCUAAACAAGCUGAACAUAUCAUUGUUCAAACAACUCCUAUUAUUUUUUUAUUGUGACGAUUUAUCGUUGCUUUUAAUAUGCAAAUUAAACUGCCUCUAUACUAUAUACCUACACAAUUUUCACCUAAUACAGCCUUCCCAUGGAUCGAAGCAGUGAUGGGCAUAAAAAAUAGUUCAAAAGUUAAAUUUCUAUUAACUUUUUAUAGCCAUUACUCAUAAUUUAUGAAUUUAAAUUGAAAAUUUAACUCGUUGUCAUUCAGUCAAUUUUGGUUUUAAAGCCAUGGUUAAAAAGUCAAAAUGACUUAAAAAAAAUUAUAAAAAGGCUAAAACUUUGAAAACUGUUAAUGAAUAUGUAUUUCAAUAUUCUCUAGCUCCUCCCGAGAAACUCCUUUCAAUCUGAAGUCACUGGACAUAUGGACAUAAAUAUUUCGUGUUACCUUUAUAAGGAAUCACACUAUAAUAUUAUAUUAUACAUCUGUGGGUUGGUGCGAGAAGGGCCAAUGUCAAAAAACUAUAAAAUCCUUCACUCUGCUCCGAGUCUAAAAAAAAAAAAAAAAUACUUAAAAUUUAAACUGAAAAUUACAAUGUAAAGUUCAUAAUAUUAUUAAAAUAACUAUACGAUUUUUUUUGUUGACAUUUGCCCUUCUCGAGCCAAGCUACAGUAAAACUAUAUUCAAAUAGUCCUAUAUAGUUUCAGACUAUUCUGUUUUGUUUAACACUAGUUUUUGGUCGAUUUUGGCUCCAUUUUGUCCGUUGUCGUUUGAAGUGUAAUAUCAUUAUUAUGACGAGUGGAUCUUAGUCACGUGGCUUUGCGACGUACUUCGUAUUAUAUAUUACUGCUCACACGAUUAUCUAUAAGCGCAGCAAUGGUGCAAUCAGGAUGAGCUAGGAGAGCUUAACUCUCUCUUCAGAUCCUCUGAAUCCCCCUCAGUGCAGAGACCCGUCAAUCACAUUUAAUAUUAUAGUGGGGUUCAAACCCCACUAGGUUUAUGAGUUAAUCGCGCCACAAAAACUUUAUACUUUCUGCUAUACAUACCGAGAGUAUCCAAUUAAAAAUCCUACGUUUUUUUUUUUAUAGUUUCUAUAUGAUAUUAUCGAUCGUACCUACAUUAUAUUAUUAUGUUAUUAACGUUGUAUUUUCGAAUUACUUCGUUCUUACGACGACCGCAUUUACUAUUACUUGCGUAUACCUAUAAUAAAAUUGUUAUAUAUUAUUUAGACAUCGGUGGACUGUAUACCCAAGUAGCUAAAAUUAUAACCGUGUUCUCGAUUUACACAUGAAAUUCAUGAAUCGUUUCGCCUAUUUUUCACGCGUGAUUGGUAUAAAUACGUUACCGCCUACGUCAUUAAUCUUAUAAAAUAGUAAUAUUAUAUAAACCCCGAAUAUUGGUUUCAAUCAUAUCGAGCGGUUUUCGCCUUUCUAGAAUACGGUGUUUACCUACCUGUAUAAUAUAUUGUAAUAAUCCGCGCGUAAAUCCAAUUAUAACUAUAACCCGUUUUCGUCAUAAACGGUUUUACAAAUACAGCCAAUGUAACCUCCGUGGUAAACCUAAAAUUUCAGCCGUCACUUACAAUUUAGCGGCUAUUUGUUUGACGAUUCGUUAUUAUAGGAUUACCAUACACAAAUAUACGAUCAGUGGGUAUAGGUAUUGGUAUAAUGUGAUAAACGAUGGUUUUUUGUAGUGAUGGGCACUUCCGAAUGCGCAGCAGUAGUAUAAUUAAAGGAAGCCAAACAGGCUAGGCCUCAGUGACAUUCACCUAAGACUUUCUUACUGAGGGGGGAGGAAUAUAUUUGCAUCUACUCAUAAAUCAGAAAACCUUUUGAAAAAGUAACGUCACAGCUACGACAAUUUCAUUACCAGACACAGAAAUUAGGCUCUUUAUAUUUGUAAUAUAUAACAUUUGAAUACAUAAAAUUAGAAAUUGUAUUUAAUUAAAUUUGAAUAAAUCUAACCGCCAAAAAGAAAUAAUAACACCAGAAACCAUGACCGGUUCGACCAUUAUAACAAAAAUAUUUUGACAUCUAUAUAUUUGACCAUGUUAGCAUAUUAUUAACUAUUAUAUGAAAAAAAAUUUCAAAAUAAUUAUAAAAAUUUUAAAAACAAAUAACAAUGCACACAUAUCACAAUUAUAUGGUUAGGGAGAUGAAUUCACUUUCGAACCUCUGGGUACGGCUUAGCCUUCUCCCUAGGUUGUACAACGCCUCAGUGCAGAAACAGAGUUCCAUCAGUUAUCUUUGUUUAAUAUUAGUAAUUUAAUAUAGUGGGGUUCAAACUAAUGUUUUUGAACUAAUUGUGCCACUGAAGUGCGAGUAUACUUUCAGCUGUAAAUAGCACCUGCUCUGAUCUGACCGAUCAGAUCGGAAAUCUGAUCAUUUUGUGUAUUGAUCACAGAACUUUUCGUUUUUAUAGGUCACGCGUCAUAAUGUCCAAAGCGAACCAUCGCCGUCCUCAGCUAUGCCGCCGCCUAGUCUGCAGAAAGAACUUAUUACCGUCGUCACUGCGAUACCUUUGACGAGAUUGUCCGACGACGAAAAGGACGUCGUGAAACCGACCGUUACCUGCAGCGACGCCAACAACAACGGUAUCCCGGAAAAAGAUCGGAACGCGAAUCAAACGAAAGGUCAUGUUUGCCAAGAAUGCGAGAAAACAUUCGUAACCAAAGCGUCUCUCAAGGUGAAAUUAUAAUCCUAUUAAAUAUUAUAAAUGCGAAAAGUUAUUUAGAUGGACGGAUGUACCCAAACUACUGAGCGGAUUAAGCUGAAACUUUGCAUAGAUGUACUUCUAGACCAAAAAUUAUAAGCUAUUCUUUUCUCCCUCUUAUUCAAGCUCUUAAGUGGAAGUAACACGGAGUUAUUGAUAUUUUUAUUACGAAAAUCGAAUUAUGUUUGUCGAUUUAUAGUUUUUCUCGGCGAUACGGAUGAAAUAAAUAAAUAAUAAAAUAAUCCGUAAAAUGGCCGUAAUAGUUGUCACUAGGAUAUUUAAUCCUUAAAUACUUAAUAAUUAGGUUAAUUAAUCCGUUAAUGGAUUGUUAAUAAUUAAUUCGAAAUUUCGUUUAGACACAGCCCUUUAAAUUUUAUGCAUGUUACAUAUGAUAGGAUAUCAGGACGGUUGCCAACCUUUUUUCUAAAGCUAAUUUCCCGAACAAACUUUUUUCCGAAUAGUAUAUUUCCCGAGGAGUAUUUAUACAAAAAUACUACAGCGCGUGUUGUCCUGCGACAAACCAAAUUUAACGAAUUCAGCGAAUAUUCGUUCGACGUCGUCGUAUCGUAGUAAUGUUUUUUUUUUCUUUCUUCUUAAUUUCCGCAGAUUCACCAGAGGACCCACACGGGCGAAAAACCGUUCGUGUGCGAAUCGUGCGGCAAACAAUUCAGUCAGCUGCGCAACUACAAGUAUCACAGGUCGGUGCACGAGGGCACCAGGGAGUUUUCGGGCAGUUGCCCGGAAUGCGGUAAACUGUUCAACGACCGCGGUUACCUCAGUUCGCACAUGAAGAUCCACCGGAACCGGAAGGAGUACGAGUGCGAGUACUGCGGCAAGAGUUUCAACCAGCGGGUGGCGUACAACAUGCACGUGCGCAUACACACGGGCGAGAAGCCGCACCGCUGUCACCACUGCGGUAAAUCGUUCACCAGGAAAAUGCUGCUCAAACAGCAUUUGCGCAUACACACGGGCGAGAAGCCGUUCACGUGCACGGUGUGCCACAAACCGUUCGCCGACCGGUCAAACAUGACGCUGCACAUGCGCCUGCACUCGGGCGUCAAGCCGUACGCAUGCGCGGUAUGCGGUAAGUCGUUCACCAAGAAACACCACCUGAAGACGCACAUGAACUACCACACGGGCGUCAAACCGUACUCGUGCGACAAGUGCGGCCUGAGCUUCAGCCAGAGCAGCAACAUGAGGACGCACCUGAAAAAGUGUAACAUUGUCGCGACGACGACGACUCCACCGCCAGCUCCAUUCCCGGCCGCGACGGUGGCGGACGAUCGAAACUCUACUCGGCUGGCCGAUCCGUUUUCGGGCGGUCGAGAAGUUAUUGUGGUCGGCAUGACUUGA